AUGGAGUAUCAGGAGGAGGAGGGAGAGAAGAAGAAGAAGGCCGUCCUUGUUCUGCUGCGAGGGGAGGGACAACAGAGAGGGGAGGACAGAAGGGUGCUUGGCUCAUGGGGGUGAGGGUGCAGGGCGCAGGGGGGGAGGUGGGGUCAUAUAGUUGUUGUCUCCCCUCUCACAUUCCAAAGUUGUAACCUCAUUUCCUGGGUCGGCCGGUUUUCAGGGAGUAUCCGGGGUUACCGAUGAUGUCAUGCAUGGUGGGAGAGAGAGGAGACAAUGCACUGCUCUGAGAGGGCAACUAGGCGCUUGUAUGUGUGUGUAGGCAUGUGUGUGUUUGGGUAACAAACUCAGAUAUUUAUGUGCUCAUUUUAAUUAUUCAACCCCUUUUUAUACACAUACCCUAUCUAUUUUUAUCUGUUGUGAUUAGUGCAAUAUCUCAAAAUAUUGGUUGGUAUUUAAGACAAUAAUAGAAACUAAGGAACAUAUCAGAAAUCAUUAUAUCAUAUUUAAAUAUGGUUUUUAAGUGUGAUUUUAAAUGUGCCACAUGUUGAGAAAAAAAGCACCUGUGUCUUUCUCUUUGUGUCUGUGUGGUGAAAGUAAGGUUAGUCUGAACGCACAGUAAAGAAAAACAACAGCCCCACCUGUUGACUGCACAGCUACAACACUAACUCUCUUUUAUAUUCAGAUGUAUCUAUUUAUCAUUGACUUUUAUGCACUGAAAUUACAAAAUGCACUCUUUUCUAUGAUUACACAGAUCCCAAAUGACUAUUUAUGACUUUAAAUGCAGCAUGUAAAAAUAUAUAGUUUUCUAAAUCCAGUUUAUACUGCAACCACACUUUGCAUGAUUUACUAAAUGUGUGUUUAAAGAUAGUAAACGCUGCUAUAUUUGAUCAUAUCUGAGAGUUUUUACUAGUUUAUCAUGACCUUUAAUAUUCUAUAUGAGGAAAAAAAGUACUGCAUGCAUUCAUAAGAGUGGAUUUAAGUGUGCACCUUAACUGUUUGUUUAGAGUCUACAGUGCCUCAGAUUCCUUAUUAGUGAUAUUUUUGUGUAGCUUUGCAGUCAUUUUCUUAUAAGAUAAAAAUAAUAUAAAUGAAGUGUUUACAUUUUUGACAAUAUAUUUGUGUUGUGAAUGUUUAACAUCAUUGUUAUUUUGUAUUGCAGAAGCUCUUUGUUGCUGUUGUUGAGCCAGUGGGCUAAAGAUAAAGUCCAGUUUGAUAGAAUCACCACUCCUAGUAUGAAAUAAAGCUGCUUGAAAUCUGAUGCGGAUGUUUGUGUUGCAGUUCUUUUUUAAACUGUUAAUAAUUAUGAAAACCUCGAGAGCACUGAAUGGUGGGAUCUUUCGAAUGGUUUGUCAAAAUUGUAGGUGUUAGGUCUCGUCUAGCUUAACCGCAAGUUUCAAGUGGACUGGACAAACCCUAAGACAAAAAGGACCUGUGAAAAUGUCUGUUUUUACGACUUCUAAAUUAUUGCACCACCUGUGGAGAUUUCACCAUUCUGCUUUGCAGGUCUCUGUAAAUACUAUUAUACUUGCACAGUAUGGCUUUUCCCAGUCUAUGCAUGUAUAUCGUCUCUGUCCCUGAAAAACAAACCCUAAACGAAUUAGUAAAUAAUUAAUUUAAGAAAUCUAAAAACAUGUUGACACAGCUGACUGUAGGCAUAUUUGUCUUAAUCGUGUACAUAUUUGUGUGUUUACAUGUUUUAAAAGAAACUGACAGUUAUCUAAUACAACCACAACAGCUAUCUGCUUAAAUAUCAACCCUUGUUCACCAAACCCUGGUUAGGUUGAUCAAUUAGUGACUGACAUAAAGGUAGAGGUCUGUAGAAAUGGGAAUAUUUAGUGAUAUCUAGGAGUGAUUCUAGAUUGAAAUGCUCCCUUCUUUACGCCAUCCUUCAGUGAAGCGAUAGUAGCUUUUAAGAACAAGAAGUUCCUGUGAUGCACAAGUAUAAUGCUCCAUUUGUCAAGAAUGAACAAAACCUCAGUAUAAAUUCUUUUGACCAGGGUAAUUACUUUCCUUUUCUUUUUUAUUGACUUCUGACCAGUGCAUUUUGUGUGACCACUCACUUUUUUGUCCUUUCUGUGCUGCUGUAUAAACAUAGCAGUGCGAGAUGGCGCUGUGGCAGGGGUAAAUCUGCCCCUGUGUAGAGCUGGUUUUUCCAUAAAAGGCCUUUAAGUAAAAGAAAACAGAACAAGAGAUUAGACACUGAUUUAAACAACUUUUGGAUAUCAUAUUCCACUUUAACUAACCCUGUUCUGUCAGAACCAAAGGCUACACACUGCACCUCUAAAAAAGCAUAUUCAAGCUAAUAACUGCAAAUACAGAGAAUAAUAUAUAAACAGCUUCCUCUACAGUCCUAAAUAUCCAACAAUCACUGCCACUAGAUUCAAUUUUGAAGGCUUUUUUUCCCCUCAUAGUCCAGAAUGAUUGUCCCUUUUUAAAAGCUGUGUCGUAGACUGAUCACUAUUUUGUUAACAACUGUAAGAAGAAGUGCUAUUACUUUUGACAAAAUAUGAUACAGAGUUGAAAAUUCAAAACUUAAAUCAAAACAUUAUCUAAGAAGGAUUUUUGGUCCAUGAGAAAUUUAACUCAAGUAAAGAGCAAAACAUGAAGUUCCCUGCAGAGGGCAUUAUUGCACCCUUCUAAAAAAACCGAAAACGUGAAGACGAUUGCUUUUCAUAAAUAGAAAGACAACCUCUGUGUUACAUGAGGUAAUUUUGGUCAACAUUUUAAGGAACUUAAUAAAUUUACAGCAUUUUACUGUAAGUUGGGUUGGUAAUUUUGGAAUUGUUUCAUCAACAGGAAACAUUUUGAUUUUCUGUAACGUGAUAUGAAAGAAGAACAAUGUGAAUAUUUUACAUUAUUGAGUAUUUUUAUCAUUCUCCCCUGGUAUUCUGCCUUCAAACUUUUAUUCUGAUGCAAAGAUGCUUAAAAAAAAAAAACCUUAUACCAGCAGUAGAUGGUUUAAGGUUUGCAAAUGUGUCUUAUUAAACUUGCAGUGAAGCUAAAACAUCAGCUGGUUUUCAAAUGUAGUUAUGAAGCCAAGUGCUCAUCAAUUUGAUCAACAGGUCUCUGGAGGGCGCACGGGUGCCGCAAAGGUCUGUGCCCACUUCAGGUAAGUGAAGCUCAAUACAGGGAACAAAUACGGGAAACUGUUUGGUAUUUUCAAAAUAAAAGCACAAACCAUUUUGCUUUUUUUUCCCCAAAGCAUUCAUCAGGUGGUAGAGGUGGCACAUUGGACACAAAAAAAUCUUUAUAAAUCCUCUUUUUUGGUUCAGAAAGUACGGUGGCCGAGAACCGUCACUUCUGCAAAAUAGGAAAAAAAAAAGAAGUCACAAUGGAGGUUACUAAUGCAGAAAAAAAAAAAAGAAACCGAAGCCCGCUGCAAAUGAAAAAAGAAACGGUACAGAUACAAAUAAAAAAGGCACAACAGAAGUUAAUGACGCAAAAAAAAGUGGCAAUGUAAAAAAAAAAAAAAAAAUCAUGUGCUUUUCAAUGUGUCAUUUGGCCAUGAGUGCCUGAGUCAACAUGAAGUUGAACUGAAGCUAACGCUACACCGGCAUCCUCCAGAUCAACUUCCAAUCGACUCAGGUGCAACAUGGCCUAACCAAAUGAUACAUUGAAUAGUUUACAAAGCGAAAUUAAACAAUAACCUUUCCACUAACUUCUUUGCUUGUCUUUUUGCAGUUGUCCUCUGUGCCUCGAUCGCAAAACACUAGUGCAUUAUUAUUAUUGGUCUGUGGCAGCCCACUUCCGUUGUGGCUUUUUAAUUUGCAUCCUUAUAUUUUCCCAGUAACUAACUUCCUUUUUUUUUUUUUUUUUUUGAAUUAGUAACUUCCUUUGUGGUUUCUUUUUUUGUGCAUUCUUUUAUUUGCUGCAGUGGCGGUUUUCGGCCACCGUACCAAAGGCCUAGCCGAAAAUAUUGCUAGCUAGUGGACAACCGAACUUUCACUUCUGGACUAACCAAUUUUCCCACUUAUAUGGUUAAAACGCAACAUUUUCUUGAUACAGAGACAGGUCGUUUGGAUGUGUCGCUAAUAACAGUUUUAACUCCAUUUAAUGAAGUCUUCUCGUAUCACACGUAUAGUUUUAAACCCACUUUAAAGUUGUCAGCACACCAUGUACUGUCUAUGCUAGCUCGUGUGUCGUCGUUAGCGAUUAAAAGCUUGUUUUCAUAGUUCUUUGGAUUAGCAUGCUAGCUCACACCGCUUCAAUUGAAGUUUACACCGUAGAUACCACAUAAGGUAGGCUUAAUGUGAAUUUCAGUCCAAGAAAUAUAUGCUUUUUACCCACUGUGCCUAGUAAGUUUUAUUUUGAAGGUACUAAACGGGCUUUUUGUCUCUGUAAAUGUGUGACUUAUCAGCUGUGCCCUCCUCCUCCUCCCCACCAGCCAGCAUCACUCACCGGUUCUCAGCUUUGAGCAGAGCCGAGCCGGGGUGCACCGCAGCGGGGAAAGAUGGCCUCAGUGUCCCGUGUCAAACAGCACAGAGUGUGGCGGUGAAUCCUGAGGGGUUUCGGGUUUCCUUUAAAGUGUUUUUCUCUCAGAUGAUGAGCAAACAGCCUGCGGCAGCGGUCGAUCCCAGACUACUACAGGUCAGACUGCACUGCGUGAUGCGGAUCAGAGUCCAAGAGUUGACAUCCUGCAACCAAGAGGUGAUGGUCUCCUCCUACUCCUGUUUUUUUCUGCUUACCUGCUCCUCUACCGUGGCUGCAAACCUCGUUAUCCUCACGUUUUUCUCCUUAGCUUUCCCUGCAGCUCGUUACAUGUAACAUUACCGUCACCUGGACUACUAAGUGUCUAUUUUCUUUAUUACAACAGGACCUCCAAAGCUGGACUGUUUGUAUUGAACACAGGAGGAGUUCAGCUUCUUUUUCUACCAUGAUCUGACGGCAAGAAAAGUGGGGAAAAGACAUCAAUAAAAAGUCGUUUGGCCUCCUCAUCUAAUUGGCUGUGAGCUGCACAUGAUGGCCAACAACAAUGAGCUACAAGUGAGUUUACAAACUUGUUCUUCAAAAUUGAAAAAUCCUAGGAAAAACUUUUGCUGUCCAAUUACUCAGGUGGUGUUUUUGGUGCCUGCUGUGGAAAUGUUUUUACACAAUCUUGUUUUUCUUCUUACAAAAAAUGCAUUGGUCUUAUUAUAUGUAGAUUUCCCCAAAAGAGCCCCCAAGUGAUGGAGUAUUGCGCUUUUGUCAUGUUGAGAUGUUUGCAAAGGAUAGAUUUCUAACAGUCAGAGUUCAGAGGUGAAAAUGAGCAAGUUUGAAGCACCUGGAGUGGGUCGGCCUUUACAAGUGAGAGAUCCUACGGUUCCUUUGGUGCACUUAGUGACUUGCAAUACACUUUCCUUGUGUGUAGAUUCACAUCUCAGAGUCCACAUCUCACAUUUGUGUCACUCCUUUGUUUAAAAAUGGAAGCCUGAAUUUGAAAGAGAGUUUGCACAGAUGCAAUAAAAACAUUGCAAUACUGUAAAGUCAAAAAUACAGCGUACUAGUGUAACCUUAUGACAUUAAAGACAUUUUAAGCUUGAACAAUAGGGUGUUUUUUGUACAGUUUUGAUACUAGAGCUGCACAAAUUUUAAACAUGGUUAUGAUUUUCUGUUUCUCAUGAUUGAAGAGCCAAAAUUGACUGUGAUUAUCAAUGUUUAAAAUGCGCGCAGAACUUCUCAAUCAAGAAAAUUAUGGUCUCAUUGAAACUUAAGCGGUGUAAGCAGGUUGUUUUCUUAAAUUACUUUAAACUGCUCAACUUGCUUCUUAUUGUUAUGCUUUACACACACACACACACACACACACACACACACACAUAGACUGCCUGGCUCAUGAAAAUGUGUGUCUUGUGUGUUAUCAGGCCUGUUGUUUGUGACAUGGAGUUGUCAGUGAUCUGAAACUGAAAGAAAACAAAAAACAUCUCCAGCAAAACAAGCUGAAAACAUGAGGAUCAGGUGUGUGUAAAUGAAGCAGAGGGAUUGUGUGCGAACGGAGAGUGUAGAUGCUGCAGCAUUGUAGAGCAUCAGAAAAUGAACAAUGACAUGACCAAACAGUUAGUGACUUUUGGGUCUAGAUCAUAACAAAGUAUACAUACAAAGUUUUUUCUUUUUACAAAUUAAGGCCCAAAAAAACAGCUUAUUAAUUUCAAUGUAGAUCAGAAUUAUUGGGAUCAUUAUUUUGGCUAUAAUCCUGCCGCCAUACUUGAUUCAGAUUCAGUUUUCCAAAGCAGUGUGUGACACGAUGCUUGGCCUCAGGGUGAUUCAGGGGUGAGUCAUGGAGGGUGUUGUGGUGUCAGAGCCUCGGGUCUAAUUCAGAGGUGUUCGGUUACUGUUGCUCCAGUGUCUGCGUCGACUGGGAUGUGGUGGAGCAAAGUUUUAAAAAUUAAAGGCCGGUUCAGCUCUCAGGAUCUCAUACGCAGAGACUUUGUUAAUAACCCCUGUCACAUGGUUGGAAUAAUGCAGCAUUUGCAGUUAAUUUAACUCAGCUCAUGUAACAUUUUUCAAACAAUAAUGCAGGCUUAAGCGCUUAACGGAAAAAAGAUUAAAACAGUCCAAUAAAUCCAGUAAAUGACUGUUUUUAUGAUCUUGAGUACCUGAGACAGACCCUCACAGCUGAAUAAAAACUAGGAUGUGUGGCAUUUAUAACUACCAACACAGGCUUUCAUGUUUCCUGUAUCUCCUUGGCCAAGUUUAACUGUGUGGAUUUAGUUUCACAUUUCUUUCCUCCAGCCUGCAACACAUUAAAAAAAGUGAGAAACUGUCAAAUAUUCCUCAUUUCACUUUUUUCUCAUAGCUCUCCAUCCUCUACACAAUCUAUAUGACGCUUAACAAUCAUUGGUUGGGCUUCCUCGUCAACAUUUAUUAGUUCCCAUGAACUGAGAAGUAGCCUGGAGUGUUUCUUGGAAAGCUGUGUUAUCUGGUCCACCACCAUGGCCCCUAUGAGCAUCUGAUCUACAGCUGAUGAAUCCCUGAAAAGCUUUUAGUAAAUACAGGCAGAUCAUUUUAAGUGGUAAGCCAGGGAGCUUGUGUUUCACUUUCACCAAGGAUUUAGUAACUCAGUGUGACACAUCGAUUAGAAGAUGACCUCAUAUAAAAGCAGGAUCGAGGGUUAAGUGUAAUUGCGAGUGGUGAACUGUUGGUUUUUGAGGUAAAAACCACUGCGCAAAUGCUGGCGCCCGUCAAAUGUUUAAUAUAAGAGAACUAUAAGUAACAAAUGAACUGUUUGGGGUGCACAGGAGUUUGUUGUUUGGUUGUUGUGGCAUCAAAUUAUCAGGUUUAGAAAGGAAGAGGCUGGAUUUCAUCUUCAGCACUUUUCUCACAGCAGCUGUUCGGUCAUCGAGUGUUUGUCCUUGAAACAUGGAUUGAUGAUGAUCUAGAUUUUUUCUAUCCAUCGUGUUUAUGUUGCUGAUUGCACAGGAAGCAGUGAACAAUUUGCUGUAUUUCUUAUAUGUAUAACUUGGAAAAUGACCAUGAUAAUAUAUUACCCCCCCACGCUGAGUGUAAUAGCACAGAAGAACAUGUUUGCUGUAGGAACAGCUUGUUAGUCUGAUUUUAUGUUGUAUUUAUUAUUGUGCAUCACCUUUGUUUUGACCUACAGAAGCUCUCGGGUCAUUGACAGAUCCGAUUUUACCCCGCCUGCCUGUCUCCCUCUCUGCUCUGCUGUUGACACAUUUACAUGAUCACAACCUAAUGGCUGAUUUUAUAACACCUUGAUGGUUGCCUGAACUGCAGCCGAGCAGUUUCCUGCCUGGUGUGAAUAAUUCAGCCUCCUUCUGUGACAAUGACGAGGGUUCAGCCAUCAUUACUGCCGGCCAGCAGACGGGCAUUGAGAGAGGGCUGAUUGAGAUCAAGGAGCCUGUCAGAGUGGCCCCGGCACACACAGCGGCAUGAUGAUUGCGCCGGCCUGCUCGCUCUCUUCCUUUCAUUUCUCCUGAAUACCUCAUCAAGGCAGCUCUGUUGUUGACACUCAUUGUAUUGGAGGUCACAACUGCAGGACUCAACGAGGAAAACAACUAAAAUGACCCACUCUUCCUCCUCUUCACUCCCCCUCCUCCCUCUGCUGAAAUACAUUAUCCAUAUAUACACAGGGGGGAGGCCAUCAGUGUAAAGUGUAGCUUAACCAUUAGUGCUUCCCUGCCCUCUCUAUCUCGUUCACCACCCCUAAAUGAAUGUUUCCCUCCUUCUCCUUCGAAUGGUUUUAAGGAGUGUAAAUCAAGUUUCCUGCCGGGGAUGUGAGCUCUGCGCUGAGCCGAUAACAUAACACAUGCUGUGAGCGAGCUGUCCUCUCAUGAAUUCUUUAUUUGUGUUGGUUUCCUGUACUUAUUACCUGCAAGAGUCCUGCAAGUCAAAGGAGCGCUUCGCUUCCAAAUUACUUUUUUAUUGAUCAUCCAAGAGAGCAGAGGCAGCUUGAUGCAUUUCUUUAAUGGCGUCUGAAGACUUUUGAGCACACUCGCCUAAGAAAUGUCCUGAUAUCACAACAAGAGACAAUGCACAAAACCUUGAAUAAAACCUUGACAGGGUGAUGCAGGAAGUGAUACAAUGGCAAUCAGAUUAUUUUACAUUACAAACAAUAGAUAUGGCUCUAAAGGAAAUCACUUACUUCCCUCUGAGCAUGUUUUGGUCUAAAAGAGGUUUAAUAGAUGUCUAAAUGUAAACGACUGGUCUAGAAUCAGGCUACCACAGGUCUAAAAAUGAAAGUUUUUUUAGACGUCUAAAUUUCAGACCAAGUCUAAAUCUGGGCUAUAUCUGUGCUACACUGUAUAUUUCUCAGCGGCUAUCAUAAUUGUUUAAGUACUUGGAGAUCAGUUAUGCAACUCACAGUUCUAGAAGGUUGAAAUUAGGUCUAAUAAAAAAAAAUAGACGUCUAAUAGCCGUCUUUUGUUCAGCAGGUUAUAUUGCCUUGGUUUGGAAGUCUUGAUUUUGCCUUGAUUUUUUUCAUUUAAAAGGAUUUUAUUUCUCCGGCAAAAAAAAAACAAAAAACGCUUGUUAGAUUUAACAGUCUGUGACUUUUCUGAGAUCGUCCUGCUUCGCUGGUAUCACAUUAAUCUGAAUAUGAAGUCAGAGAAGGUGAACAACAGGGCCACUCCUUCUUUUGUCUAACACCGCUGUUGUCCCCACAAUUUUCUGGUGAGGGUUUAUGUCUUGUUCAGACAGAGCGUGGAUUUUCCAUGUGGUGUUUUCAGCUUCUUCAGGCCUUUUUAUUUGGACACAGUGUCAGCAGGCUUUAAGGACACCUGUUCUAGUCAUUUCCCCUUCAUUAUAUUAUCCCCAGGUUUCAGUAACAACUGAAAUGCAAAUCCAGUUCACACUGGCCUCAGUUUAUGAAGGAGUCAGUGAUGAAGUGGGAAGUACAAACGGUUGCAUUGUUGUCCUGAAAACAUGAAAACUUUCUACUGUUUUCUGCUGCCAUUGUCUUUUUCCAAAACAUGCUGAAUUAACAAAAUGAACAGCUGAGGCAGACGCAGAGUGGUUAAAUCGAACUUUGCUGUUUGGUUAGUAUGGAUAUUCAGGAUUAUAACAAUAAAUGUCAUGUUGAAGUGUUGAAUGUCUGUUCUAAACCAGCAGAAAAGUCCCAUUUACAAACAUUACGCCUCAAACAGCUGGCCCAGAUUUGUUCCUUUCCCACAUGUCACCCACCACUCUCUUCCCAUUUCCCACUCUGCAAAAACCCCCAAAUAAAUCUUAAUUAAACAUGCUGGAACUGAAGAAUUAACCAGCGUAAUAGACCUCCUUUUAUAAUGAAUGAGUUGAUGUGUCUUUUCUGUUUGUCCCAGCUGUAUUUAUUUAAAAAAUGGUACGCGAGCGUCAGCUAUUGACGCCAUCAUGGCAAUGGGCGCUUGCUGCCCACACUGCCCACACUUUUAAACAUACACUUCUACUAUGUCGUGAAAAUAAUGUUCAUACAAGUUAAAGGUUCAGUGUGUUAAAAUGGAAACAUAAAAUGAUAUCUAGUGGUCGGAUUUUAGAUUGCAGUGCACCCUUUCUCACUCUUCUCUGAUGGUGAAGCGAUAGUGGCCUUUGAGGACAGGAAGCUUCUAAUCUGUCAAAUUUUUAACACCUAAAACAUCCGUCACCAAAAACUCUUUUCUUCCUCUUUGUCUUCCAGCCUCUACAUUUUGAGUGACCUCACACUAAAUCCGGAAUGCUUAUGUUACCAGUUUGUCCGCUCUUACCUACUCUAGAUUUUUCUCUGCUGAGAUUUCUCUGCCAUCACCUGUAGCUGUUGGUAUUUUUACACUCUCUUCUUGCUUGGCAUCCGCAGUUCAAGUCUUAAGUAAGCAGAUCCUUGUCUGCACAUUAAACUGAAGUGCAGUACUGUGUUCAUCCUUGCAGUGGUCCGCUAUAAGGAGAUAGCAGACCUUAAAAUGCCUUAAUCGACCAAUCACAAUCAAGAAUUCAAGGUAACUGUGCCAUGAAGUGUUAUAAUACACAGUGAUGUCCAGCAUCACACCCACCAUAAAGUGUGUCUCCAGCUGCUGCUGAGGAUAAUAGGAUUAAGAGACUUUGGACUUCACUGUGUCUCUGACCUCCCAGGAGGGUCGCAUUAGUCCCUUUAGUCACCCACACAGACUCACAUACACACACAUAUUCAACCCCCAACAUCCAUGCCCCCCUGCCCGACUGCAGGAUUACACUGUCUCCCUCUCAGACACACCAGCAGACGAGCUUACAACUGCUGCACUGCAGCUUUAAAGCAUUGAUGAGACAACUUAAUGGUGUUCGUCAAUAAACUUGGUUGGCCUGUUCACACCCUGACUUGUUUGUUGUCGAUAUCUUGAAUGUUAAUGAGGAAAAACAGGAAGUAUCAAUUUCCCCCAGACCAGCAUCAGUGCCAGCUUACUGUCUGCUCAAUGUCUGCUCAUGCUGACCCUUCACUAGGCCCAGACCCAUUCAGCUGACCACCAACACCAGCUGUUGAGUCUUUGUGCCAGCCCUCCGUCAGGCUUUCAGAGGAUUAGUAAUCACUGAUACCAGGCAAAGACAGGAAGGAAAAUAUAACCAGACAUGCAACUGGGAAACUGGUGAAGCAUUGACAAACUGCUGGUUAUAAUGGCUGUUUGUUUUCGACAACAAUUUGGCCUUUCCUAAGCUAGUUGUGUGGGUGCUCCUGGGCUUAAAGGGAUUGUGGUAUUACAGGAUGAAGAAUGUAUUGUGUGGAACAGCAAGUUCAGAAAUCGGUAUCACAUUGUUUGAGCGAUGUAUCAAAUAUUUAAACCUCAAAAUGAUAUUUCAUCUUAGAGGAUAGUGAGGUCAGAGGGGAUGGGAGCUACAUAGGAGGAGUGUGUUUACUCAAGAACUGAGCAUUGAUCAUUCACCGGUCGUUUUCUAAUACUGCUGGGCACUGAGGCUUGAAGGGACCUGUGAAACAGCUAACACUGUGGUGUUCAGACUUUUAAUAAAACAGGGGGGAAAAAACACCCAAGAGUAAAGGUCAAAACAGGAUAUGGUUGAUUUUACAACUGCAGUUUUAGAAAGUUUGGACGCUGUGAAUAAAAACAGAUUUUUGAUAGUUUGAGUCAUUUAAAGUCUUGUAAACAUCAUACCAAAUGUCACAAAAAAUCUGUGCUUAUUUAAAUAGGAUACCAGUAAGACGCUUAAAAAAUUUCGGACAAGGGUAAAAACCCUGAAAAAGUUUGUAAUGGUGCACAAAAACAACUCAAGGAAUAUCUGACGGCAUUUUGCAACAGGUAACAUGACUAGGACUAAAAAGUGAGACUGCGAAGAGGCUGAAUCUCCCAUCACCACUCUGCGAUAGACUGCGUGAUCAACUAGUUCGGUAAUUUCAGAAUAAUGUUCCUAAGUGUUAAAUUGCGAAGAAUUAGUGGAUUUCAUCGACUGCAGAACAUAAUAUCAUUAAAAGAUUCUGAAAAUCUGUAAAAAUCUCUGUACAAAAAGGGGCUAGGCACAAAAACAAAUCUGGAUGGCUGUACCUGCACCUAAAAGAAUGCAAAAACCUUUUUAAGGGAUAUGAAUGCACGCAGACAAAGACAAGAGGAGGCUAUAUGAGCUCUGUGUGUGUACUGUACUGUUGGUCCAGGAACAGUCUUUCUUGUUAAGUUCAGUGAAAAUAGGAGUUUUAAGCCUUCUUCUUCACUCCACGUACUUUUGGAGAUUCAAGGAACCUCAUGCAGGCCUGCAUUCUGCACGUGUAUUACUUUUGAAGGUAAGAGCUAAGAGCUCUUUAAGAUAUGAUGGUGCCUGACCAUUAAGAGCUUUGUUUGUAAGAAGAAGGAUUUGAAACUCUAUUUGUAGGGAGCCAGUGUAGAGAAGCUGAUUUGGGAGAAAUGACCUCCUUUUCAGGUUUUUGUCCGUACACGUGCAGCAUUUUGAACCAGCUGAAAUGUCUUUGGAAACCUAUUAGAGGGCAGCCUUAUUACAGGGAAUUGCAAUAAUCCAGCCCAGAAGUAACUAAUGCAUGAACCACUUUAUCCAUUACGGCGCUUUUCUGUGUGACCUGUUUGUGGCUACACCCAAAGGAAUAUAAGAUGAGUUAUUCUACUACCGCACUCAGGUCAUGCGAUAGCCUGUGUGUGUUGGUGUUGGGUUUGAGAGGAGGACAGACCUUCAUAUGUGCAGCGAUGCACCAGCCAUGAUGCGGCCCUGAACAGUGGACUGUCUGUUCUGUUCUGUUGGCCCAGAGGCCAUAAAAGUGAGAAGGAGCAGGAGAAAAAAAAAGCUAUUAUUACCUGCUUAGGAAAGAGAGACUCAGAGCGAAGCAGACAACAAGCCAACCCUUCAAAAUGUAACCCAAACUGGAGCCAUUGUUGUUAUCAAAGUCUCUGAGGCUAAAUUGCUUGACUUGCAGGACAGAAAAGCACAAAGAGAAGCCAGGUACUAUUGUCAGUUUUCUUCUUUCAUACACCAACAGUAAUUCUCAGUGGGUUGGCAGAGUCUUAACAGGAGGAGUAUAAACGUUCAUUGAUAGAAAGGAGACAGAAAGAGGGAAAGUCCAAAGAAGAGACGGGAGAAAAGACGAUUCUGGAGAGCUUGUAGAUUUGUUACUUUAUUAAUUGACUGAGUUUACAGUGUAGCAUCUUUGUUAUCUUCCUAAAUGUUUUAAAGCAACUGAUGCCUAAGUUGUUUAAAUGGAAAUUUACCAUUUAAUUUAGUGUACAAUCAAAAUACAUGCAAACAUGUUAGGCUGACUGAAAUCACACUAAAUUAAACUUCUCAGAGUUGGACUGAUGCAGUUUGGGAUUGAUCAAACAGACUGAAAGUGGCCUUAGUCUUUGACACAAGUGCCACAGUUUGCACGCUGGGCUUUGAAGUGGGAGGUGGACAGCAGAAGAGAGGAUAGAAAAAAAGACAGAGCUAUCAUACCCUAUGUACAAAAGGUACAGAGCAGUGAAAGUGAUCGUGUUGACAUGUUUGUCAAUUAUUAGGAACUUGACAUAGUAGACAACUGUAGUAACAAGCUGAGUGUGAGACAUUAAGUGAGACUGAGCGACGAGUUAAGAUACAUCAAGAGGAAAAGACAAAAUGCUGAGAUAGAUAGUUGGCCAAAUGCAGGACAUCAGCUCUGCUUUGAAGACGAAGAUCAGAAGAUCAACCUUGAGGAGCGCUGAAAAGACUCCUCAACGUACAAGCAGCCAGGCAGAGGGGUUGCUGUGAGUACUUGCACAUUUGUUGUGGACUGUAGGUCUGUCUGUACUUCACUGCCAUAAAUAUUACUGCGCUUUAACUGCUGCAAUAAUAUAAGACCUAUUAGCGGACUGUGAUGUGUUUGAGGUCUGACCCUGCAAACAAGAACCAGUUCAGAACGACCAGCUCUCUCUGGCAUUGUGCCUCUUUUGGAAAGAAACUCUAGUAAGACUGGCAGCCAUGCUGUUGUUGUGUGUGUGUGUCUGCUGGAAGUAAAUGAAGGGGCAACUCUCAGGAGCGCUUGAGAGAAAUUCAUUUUUGAAAUAGUCUAGAACCACAGCUUCGAGUUAAUCCAUGUAAGUGUUUUAUUGUGGCUCUUUCUGUCUGUGGUUUGCUAUCUUGAGGCAUGCUGAAUUUACCAACAGGGUUUUUUUCUGAUUAGCUGUAGUAUUGAAAUAAAUCAGACCUUUUAAAAAUUGUGCUGCUUGUGGGUUUUCCUCUUCCUGUUCAGUGUUUAUGAGUGCCAUGCUAUCGUAAUCAACAGCAUCAGUAAAGAGGAUAACCAUCUGUAUUAUAGAAUGGACCUCUUAUCCCCUCAGCCCUUCUGCCAUCAUCAUUUUUAAUCUGCUUUCCAUGUCCAUUACCAUCAUGUCUACUCGACCAUUCCAUCACAUAGCAGGGGCUCUUUCCGCUCCGUGUCCCAUCCUGAACGCUGUAGGUGACUUGGAAGCAUAUUGCAUGUAGAAUAAAGCACCUGCCGUAAUGCGUGCCAGAGGAGCAGUUAUCUGCCAGAUUCAGGAAGAGGAGACAGAUCGUCACUUUGAGAGGAAGUAUUAAUAACCUCAGAUUUAGACCCAUGUGUUUGGUGUUCUGGUAAAGUCUCUGAUGGACAUCCGUGCAUGAUUUAUGCAACAUCUGAGUCUGGAUUUGUCCCAGGAUGGGGGUUUUAUGGUUACGGUUUAAAUCCUCAUCCAUGUUGCAUGAGCCUUCAUUCAUGUUUUGGGCUGUUGGAUUUUUAGGAGGCCUGAGGGUUGUUUGAUGUUGAACAUGUUUGAUUCAACACAGUCCUUGAAAAUUGUUUUUUGCACAUGAGGUCAUCAGUGUGCUUAUUUAUUAAGUUAAUUGUGCAAUACCAGUUUACUUGGUUGUUGUUUACGGAAGCCCUAAGCGGACAUGAUUUAUUCAUUUUUUUACCCCCGUUCUUUCGAGAUCACAAAUGAAUUUUGCGGUGGACUAGAAACGUUGAUCACAGCUGAUCACUGUACGUGGUAUGGUCCGGUGUCCGCGGUGUCUGUCUUCUGCUACAGGACAAAAUGCGCGGGGUAAGAUGCACACUCUCUGAACUUUACAGGAACAGAUCAUCCCAAAAUUAUUCAGAAGCAUAACUAUUAGGCUGUUGCUCUGGUGCUUCUAGGUAUGUGCAGACGAACUGUGGCAUGUGAGACAAUGCCGUGAUCUCAAAAAGACGAAGCCUUGUUUUCUCGAGAUCAUAAGAAAACUAUCUUGGGAUCUCAAGAAAACGGAGAAAAAAAAAAUAGGGCUUCCAUAGUUGUUGCCUGAAUUCACACUAUAACAUCUAUCAGACAUGACCACUGAACAGCUUUACAUUCCUGAUCUACAUUUUCAUCAAUACGACACUACAAUAACAAAACCAACACAUUAAAUUUUGCUACUUUUUCAUUGUUUUUGAGGUAGUGUUGUUUAGGCUAUCAGUGUCUACGGACAUGGAGUGCUCAAAUCAUUUUACAGUAUGUUAUAUUUGUGGGUAUAAUAUGUAUACAUGUUUUUACUAUAUGUUGUGUACGACAGAAAAAAGUCGUCUGAAUUCACUGUUGUUUAAAGCGAUUCUCCCGCCCCUCCUCUCAUCCACUCUGGUUCAUGUUUCUCUAGAUUUCAUCCUGAUCAACCUGUGCGACUGCAAUGCUGUUUUUAAUUCACUUGCACGUAUAACAUCCAGAGUAGCUGCUAAUCCUCCCCCUGCCAGGGCUGGUGUUAUCUUUUGUAGUUUAAACUCCUGCUGGGUUUCCUCUCAUUCUUUUAUUUCAUUUUUUUAGAUAUGAGCUUUUUUUGCUGCUUUUGUUGAGCAAACUUAGCUGCCUGUCAACACUGAGGUCCUCUCUUUCAGCCAGACUUUUUUGAAUGGAUGAGAACAACUAAGGUACCGGCAUAUGGCUGUCCAAUGUGUGUGUAUACAGAUUUUUAGCACAAACCCACUCUGUCGUCACUGUACACUUUACACACUAUCAUUAAAGCGUUGUAGAGAUGUCGUUUUACUGCGUACAAUUUUAGUAAUUUGAUAUAAUAUACAAUAGGGCUAGGGCUAACCAACAUCAAUAUAUUCAGUGUCAAAACAAUAAAUAAAUAAAAGUUGGUUUUAGAUGUGUGUAGGUAGGCUAUGGUCUCAUGUCCCUUUAAGACGCUGUCCUACAUCAGAAACGCGACUCAACCCCAUCCAGUCCGUAACAAAGAGAGAAAGACAGGUGAGGAGAUGGAGGACGGUUCAAAAGUUAGAGCGGCAGAAGUAGACGAAGUGAAUGUGGGAGGGGGUGAGCAGCUUGUGGAGAAGUUAUCGUCCAUUUAUCGUUUUUGAGGUGAACUGGUCAAUAUAUCGUGAUAUUGAUUUGAGGCCGUAUCGCCCAGCCCUAAUAUACAGGUAAACAUGCAUAUGCAAAUCUAAGGACACAGAAGGACUAGUCAGAGGUAAAAUGGCUAAAGGUAACAAAUUAGCAGCAAAUUCUUAGUGUGCGACACGAUUCAGACAUGAAACGUAAUGAUGUUCAAGGCAGAUAUGUAGCGCUGUUUGCUGUUCAGUGGAGUAUCAUGGCUCAUUUUUCGUCCAACUUAUUUGAACCAUCUGUGAAGUUUUGCGAUGUUUCACGGUCUGUGGAGGAACCGUCCCAUCUCUACCCGUGAGCUCAUGUAUCUAGAAAAAGGAGGAGGUGUAGGACGUUCUAAAGAAAUUCUUCACAUAGACUGACAGUGAGUCUCUACACUCAUGAGACAUCAUGGUCACAUCUUCAAGAAAUGUUCCAGCCUUGUACUUAAGAUAGACACGAACACACGUGAAGAAGACACUCUGCAUCAAACAUUAAACAACUUUUUCAGAUGUAAGUCCUCUCAAUGCAUAUUACUGUCUAAGAGGACUAGGGCUGUAAUCUGAUUAAACACUUUGAGACAGUAUGAGCCUUUUACUCCCUUUUUUUCAUGCCUCAGUCACUUCUUACUUCUCAAAUCACUCCGUCAUCUUUGUCACAUGAUCUGUACUCUCCUCCUCAGCCUGGAGAGAUAAGAUCCAGAGAGGUUUAAUCCAUGAAGUGUCUCAUUAGUUCUCCUCUCAGUUACACUUUUAUCAAGGUUGACUGUUGUAGGUCAACAACUUUUGUUUGCUGCCCUUUUUAUAUGCAGGUGGUGCUCACUGGAGCAUUCAGGGAAAAGUGGGCUAUGUCUGCUCUAAUUCAGGUCCAGGAUCUUUUUCUGACUUCAGAGCUGCUCCUGACUGAUGCUGUGUAUUUUUCUGGAAAAUGAAACGUGGAUGUUCAAGUUUCUUGGUCUGCUUGAGUGUUUCCUGAUUUCUUUGCUGUGUGCUUCAUCAGCCGUUACAUGCAUGUCAGGAGCAGAUUAGGUGUGCGGACUGUAGAGCUUUCCUCAAUGGGGGUUAAUGCUGCUUUAUUCCUCUGGAGCCUGAACACAGCCGCUGUUUGUUUGUUGCUGCAGAGCUCACAAUGAACAAAGCCGGGAACACAAACACAUAAGCAUUUACUGAAGUCUCUUGAGAAGAUCGACCCUUUCACAAAGAUGCCAUUCAUGUAGAUGUGCUCCUCCCCAGCUGUGGACACACCACACACACUCACACAUGUUCACACACGGACAGAUGUGCGCCGAAACACACACAGGACACACUUUCUCUGCUAACCUGGUGCACAGUCUUUCUCCUGUUUACCCAGACCGAGGGAAUCCUCUCCCCUUCUGCACGUGAUGCCUUCCUCAGCCACAGCAGAUUUAUUCAUACGGCCAUGUUGAACUGUAAAACUGCAAAAGGCGAUUUGGCAGCAGAAUUUACCCUGAAAUAUGAGGGAUUUUUAGGGAUUAAGGGGCAGCACACACUCAGUCCAAGGUACAUACGGUUAACUGUUUCCUCAUUCAUGGAGGGUUGGAGUGGAAAGAUAAUAUGUAGAGUAGAUGCCAGUGAGGAAUGCUGCUACAGUAACUAUAUUUGUCUUCCUGAUGGGGGGAGGCCCCUUUUUAAUUUCAGCCAUGGGUCCACUUAUUGAUUCUGCCUCUUACUGAUUUUUGAUUCAGAUUCCACUUUAAAAACAAAAAUGAACCUUUAUUGUGAGACAUUUAAGCAUUUUUCUUUUUCACUGAUUAGAAGAACCGGUGAUGGAGGAGUGAAUUCAUAUCGAACUGAAAUAUUUGAACUAUCUAACAUGGAUCUAUCACGCUAACAUUAGUGCAAACCUGAGCUCAACUUUGUUCUGUAGCUGAGUCUUGUUGUGAGACAUUGCUUCAUGCUCUUGCCACUUGAGUAGCAUUUUCCAGUGUCAUUCAUAUUUUUAGUAAAUCUUUGCAAGGGGUGUCCCGGUACGAUAUUGAUAUCAGAUAUCCGAUAUCCGUCCGAUAUCACCAAGAAAAUGAAUAUCGGAUUAAAUUGGCCUGCAUCUAAAAUCUCCUUUAUCAGCACUCAGAUAUAAGCAGGCAUUCCAGACUCCGCUCCGGCACCUCUAUCUAGCAGCGCCCUGAUCCAGCAUGCAGAGCCCACAUGAUCACAACAACAGUGUGUACGAAGGUACAAACAACACAGGAAAGAGUUGGAGUGAGGUCAGCCAUGUGGCAGUAUUUUCUGUUGAAGUCCAAAAAAGACAUUGCAGGUGGUGCAAAACUUGUCAUACACAAUUUUGUGCCAAUAUCGGAUGUAUAUAGGUAUCAGUCAAUAUUGAAGGCUAGAAUAUCGGUAUUGUAUUGGAAGAAGUUGUAUUGGGACACCCCUGAUCUUUGCCAAACUUUAGAUUGUUUGCUGUGGUCCACAAGACGCUCUCCCUACAACUGUGCUGUUCAUUGCCUUUCAAACUGCAUGGCAGUAUCUGUGUCCAAUUGGACCUGAAGCACUUGUUCCAACUGAUCUUGUUUCCUCUUGUCUCAAUCUUUGCUUGUGUUGUUUUCAACUGUACAUUGCUUUGGAUAAAAGCGUCCGCUAAAUGACAUUGUAACAUUGUAACUUGGAUGUACCAUGUGACGAAUGACGCGAGCUGUGUCAGCACAGUGGAUCCUGGUAGUUUGGUAAAAAUGGAUUGAAAAAAUCUCUCUGAGGUUCGGUCAGGAAAGAUUUAUGUUGUCUUCAAGUCCCAAAAAACGGGAACUGAAAUUCACAUGCAUCGUCAAAUCCCCAUAUUUCAGAAGUGUAGUCCCAUUUUUAGGUUGGCUCUGGCGGGACUUAAUAACCAAUUCUACUUCCUGGUCCUGAGAAAUAAAUUAUAUAAAGAAUUUCAGUUAUUUAUCUGAUCAAGUUCUGGGACUUUAAAGAGACUUAUUUUAAAACUUUAAAGUGUUUUGGAAAUGUCUGAUUAGAACAGAAUUAUUAGAAAACACAGCAUUUCUUCCACAUGUUCAGAUCAGGAUCAGCUGAAAGCCAAAAAAACGUUCUUUGACUCCAGAGGCCGCACAAAUUGUGGCCCCCCCAGUGGCUUUUAACUCUGCUGUCUUACAGUUAAACUGGCCCACUUCCCCACAUAAAGGAGGCUGGGUCUGCUCACACAGAGUGAAACACUGUCCUGAUGUUAACUGUGCCAUUUACAGACUUCCCUCUGAACUGCUGUGUUGACAUAAUGAGGAGCAACAUUUCCUCCUGCUACUACUCUCGUCAUCAGCUGACAGUGCCCUACUGUGCUGUUUUAUUCAUAACAAACCAGUUACAGUACAUUAGUCUUGGGCUUUUGUGUGUGUGUGUGUGUGUGUGUGUGUGUGUGUGUGUGUGUGUGUGUGUGUGUGUGUGUGUGUGUGUGUGUGUGUGUGUGUAAAUGAACGGUACAGAUAUGAGUGUUUCUGCUCCUCCACCUUCCUGCAUAUUUCAUAGUGUCUUUAUGUGUGUAUUAGUUUAUUUAACUGUGGUGCAGAAGCAUGGAGACAUGAGUGUGAAUAUGUGUGCAAGUCUCUUUGGAGGGAUUAAUUAAAAAUCACCGUUGGACCCUCACUUCCCUGCUCCACCCCAUCCUCAAAGUAGCACCCCCAUCCUCCACCCUCUCUUAACCCAAAUCCCAACUACUGCCGCCUGAAUCUGCUUGUGUGCAGACGUCAGUAUGUGAGGAGAAUCUCAAGUUGUGUUUUCCCUGAAAUUCUGUCUGACUUGCAGUGUUUCAGGGUGUAACCUACACACACUGUAAAAUGAUAAAAAUCCACUAUGAAGGGAAAGCUGACCCCUUAGAGUGUGUAUUCUCACUUUUUAAUUUAACCUGUAUUUUAUGAUUAUUAGUUAUAAAUUGAUUCGAUGUCCUCCACAGAUUGCUUCUCCAGCAGCAGAGAAACAGCUGUGAUAAAAUCCUUUGGGGCGAUCACAGCAGAUCAAGUAAAGCCAUCUUAAAGUGCUGUUUUGUUUGCAAACUGCUUGAGAUUUUAACUCUAAAUGUGUGGAGACAUCACUGCAGGAAUCCCUGGAGUACUUGACCUGAAAAGUAAACUGUGGCUCAAAUGUGAGUCUUACUCUGAGCUGCAGCAGUGUGGCGAUUUGGAGCAGGAAGAAGAUGGUUAAAACAUGAGUCAGAAAGUCAGCAGGGGAAGUUUGAGGAUUACGUAGAGGGACUGCGAGCAAGAUUGAACAAUUUGACACGGCUCUGUUGUUUCCACAUUCACCGCAGAUAGUCUACUGCCCUUUUCAUACACUCAACAAAAGGCUACCUGUGAUUUAACACAGUGUUACAUCAUUGAGGAAGUACAAGAGUUGAAGCGUCUGAAAAGUUUGUGAGCGCAUCUUUGUUUUGCUACUCAGUCAUGACCAGAAACCUUUUCAUAUUCUUCAUUAUCUUUGCAGCAGUUAAUUAAUAUGUGGUGAGACAAGUUGGUUGUCGAGUUGUCUGUGACGGUAAAGGCUUUCUGUCUGCAGAUUGGCGUCUUUUAAGUAACAUCCCUCUUUUUAAAGCCAAACCACCUCCAUGCGAUUGAGACUGACCCAUGGCUUUUGAACCACAUCGAUUCUGAUGUUGAUGGUGUGUUUUGUCUCCUGACUAGGGCUGGGCGAUAUGGCCUCAAAUCAAUAUCACAUUAUAUUGAGAAAUUCACCUCGAUACGAUAAAUGAGCGAUAACCACUCCACAAGCUGCUCACCCCCUCCGACAUUAACUUCGUCUACUUCAGCCACUACAACUUUUGAACCAUCCUCCAUCUCCUCACCUGUCUUUCCCUCUUUGUUACGGACCAGAUGGGGUGGAGUCACAUCUUCAACGUAGGACAGCAUCUUAAAGGAACAUGAGACCAUAGCCUACCUACACACAUCCAAGACCAACUUUUAUUUAUUUACUUUUUUUGACACCAAAUAUAAUGACGUGGGCAAAAUGACGUCGGUUAUUGACAUAAAUUUUGGUAUGUGUAAAUUUUCGGUUUAUCGCCCAGCCCUACUCCUGACAUUGUUCACCCUUUUUUUAGCUUCAGUCAUGCAGGCAGAUGCAUCAGCCUGGCUUGCCUAACAGUGAAUGUCUGCAUGAGCUCUCUAGACAUGUUUUCAUUGUUUCCUACAAAACCAGUGACAAACUUAAUAUUCCCAUUUUGCACAUUUUUGAAAUUGCAAUUGAGAAAUAAUAAACUGUAUAUCACACACCCCUAGUUGCUGCUGGUGAGCCUGCAGUGUGAUGGUUGUGAGCUGCUUGUACUCGUCUCCUGUUAGCAUGAGCUUUUCCACUCUUGCUGAUACUCAUAGCAUAAUAAAAUAGUUACACAUACUUAAAUUAUUUGAUGAUAUGACUGACCUGUAGUAUGGGCUGACAGUUUUCAAGUCUCUCAUCUGAACCACUCCCAAAUAACUUCCUGCCUGUCAUGACCUAAAUUAAUCUUUCUUUCUCAAUAAACCCCCUCCAAAUCUGGGAGCCUGUAAUAUCUUUCUCUAAGACCUUUAACCUUUCUCGUUCUACCUCUGGCUUCUCCCUCUUUCCCAUUUUUCUGCAGAGUCCUGUGUCCCACAUUUUGGUUGGUAGCCUUUCGCCCUGUGCUGCUGGUGGGCGACAGAGAAGCCAGCCCUUUGAUUAAGUUUUAAUGGCCCGUCUGCUCAUCUCUGUGUCUAUAAAUAGAGAUGUAAGUCCACUUUGUUGGUGUGGAGGCAGUGGGGGGAUUCUCCAACUGUCAGCCUUUAUUCUGUCAUUGAAAACCUUCACUUAAAAGCACAAUGAUGCCUUGGGACCUAAUUUUUGAAAUGUUUGUUCAGAGUGUUGUGUUGCCAAAAAUAAUCAUCAUUUUGUAAAUUUAGAGAAAGGCAGAGUUACGGGGAGAGGUGUUCUUGUUCGUGGAAAGGAGGGAUUUGGAUUUACAGGGAAUCACUGUUGAUGAUUAUUACCAGAACGGUGUGGAUUAAAGUGUGUGAAACGAGCAUUGUGAUGGGAACCUUUUUGGGGUUUUUUUACAAGAUGUUGCAGGAACAAAGGAAGAGGAAACAAACAACAACAAAAAAAUACAAUGAACAACUUCUUCCUCUGAGGAAGUCAUUACAGGAUUUACAUUCAUCAAGAGACCAGAAACAAAUCUAGACAGACACAAUAAUUUCCUUUACUUAUGAGAUUUUCAGGUAAAAAAGAAACAUCUGAGAAUUGUGGCAUCAGGAGAAAAAAAAACAGAUUUUUUUAAAAGUACUUAUCAUGUCCCAGUGGAGUGUUGCUCUUAUUGAACAGAGCUGGAACCAUGAGUAUUCAGUCCUUAUCUGACCCCGCCAAAAAUAAAGUUAAUCCUCGAGAAAAACAGGCCUGUAUUAGGAACAAUAUUGACCAAUACCAGAUAUUUUUGCUCAUUUCACAAGUAAAAAAACAGCUCAUGUUUGCUUCAGUUUUCCUUUUUAACUUAAAUGAUGCUCUCUGUUUUGUUCUGGUGAUUUUAUGUUGUUACCCUCUAUAUAUUAUCCGUUGGUUUUAGUUUUCAUACAGGCCAUUCACAGGUUUUUACCAUGGACACUUACAUGCUGAAAAAACUGGGGUGUUUGUAAUUAUAAUAUAAAAUAUAAUUAAGAGGGAUUGGAUUUCAUUUAAACUCUAUAUUCAACUGAAAAUAGUGCAAAUACAAAUUUUAACAUUUACACUGAGAGAAAGUCAUUCUUUGAUCAAAAAAAAAAUUGAUAGUUUUACCAAAAAAUAAAAUAAGUUUAAAUUCAAUGUCAGCAACAUGUUCACAUAACAUUGGCUGAGGGAAAGUUAAAAACUUUGCUACACAACUUUACAACAAAAUAUCCCAGCUUUUUUUGAAGCAUGGCGCUGGGAUCAAAUAUUCAAAUUUUUUAUUUUGUAUUUCAUUAAACACAUUUUUUGGUUCCAUUAUUUAGUAGGUGUGUUGUUUUUUUUUGUUUUUUUUUUGCAAGUAUAGUAUUUAGAUGGCUUGCAAACCAUCAGAUUCAGUUUUAUUUAAAUGGAACAAAGUAAACAGACUCAAGCUAUGCUGUAAAAAAUAAAUAAAUAACUGAGCUCAAUUUUGGGAACAGAUGUUUCUGAUUGUUUCUUUGUUUAUGAACUUCAGAAAGCCUUUAAAAUUGAAACAAGCAGAUGCACUACAUUGAUGACACUCUUUGAGUGUAUAGCUGCUGUAAUUUUGAGAUUGUUAUUUUUUUAGGGGGAUAAAAUAAAAUGAUUUUAAAAAAGGUGUCAUGUCAGUCCUAUAACCAGGUGAAAGUGGUGAGACUGUACCUUUAAGAGCUGAAGCCUAUGUAUAAACAGAUGUGAUCUAAGUUCCUGAUGGCUGUGGUCAGCACAGUUUUAGUCACAGUAGCUCUUUGACAGUCACAAUAAGAGAGACAGUUAGUUACUUAAGACAUCUUUAGGAGAGGGUUCGAUUUUAGUUUCCUGUCAGUCAAACUGGAGUUGUUGAUGACAGCUCAGCCAUAUUUGUAAAGGUGAGACAGCAUGGAUGCAUGGGGGCUACUUUCUCUGCAGCCACCUGCCCACAUCGCAGAGGAGGCACCCGGAGUCCCCGCUGCCCGGUGAGGAAAUAUUUGCCUACCUGCUCACAGAUAUGUGACACUGAGCGUUUAUGUCUCUAUUGAAGUGAUGAUGCCUGUGUUUGCACAGACUGACUAAGUUUCGUGUUAAAAGUUUACUUCCCCAAAGCAGUAUUGGGGAAUAAGUAGAACAAGAAGUGGUUUGAUGCCUCUUUGACUGCCACACUGUGUGCAUGUGUGUGUUUAUUCCUUUUCCUCUCUGGCAGUGAGUGUAUACCUUUCCAUUUAAGUGUAUGUAGUACAACAGAUAGAGAUAUGGAGGCAGAAAAGGCCAUCUGCAGCGUGGCAUGUCUCAAAGGGUCACUGACCUUGUACCGCUGAGCGACUGAGUCAGAUAAACCCGCGACCCUGUGUGUCUGUCACUGACAAGAAGAAACACAGCAAGAAACAGGAUUGUCUGAAGUCGUCAAAAAUGAAAGGAGGAGCUGUGAUCAGUCCAUCCCUGAAAAAUCCAGCGGCAAGCAGGCAAAUGUCUGCAGCUUCCUGUGUGUGUGCAGUUUGUUGUGAUGAUGUGCCUGCUGGACUUUAAGUAACUCAGAGCAUGGGUGUACAUAGACACCCUGUCUUUGUUUUUUUAUUAUAGGAGAAGGCGCAAUUUACCUUUGAUUUCUCAUCUUGGCUUUUGACAUGUCUAGGCUGGACAGAGGCAGACUAGACUCAAAACAAAACAACUUUUUGUCACUUGCUGCUAUUUGAUAAUAUUCAUUGAAUAAUUUCCAGUGACAGUCACGAACACAAGGAGAGAAAGAGAUGUGUGUGAUAGCAUUGUUGCAGCAUUAUAUAUUAUAGAUUAUAUGUACUUAAAUGGUCUAGAUAUCCUACUUUUACCUCAUCAUUAAAAGAGUAAUUUAAAUUAGAAUUAUGACCAGUCUAAAGGUGAGAGAAAAUUUUAAAAAAUUGCCACAUUUGAAUUGAACUCGGCAUACACAGGAUCACAGAGUUUGUGGGUAAUCAUUGUCAGAUUGGUUUGGUGAGUGUGGCUAAAGAUAGCAAUGUGAGAACCACCAGCCUUUGGUUUUCUUUGCAAGUUUUUACCCACAUGGCUGUGCUGAGUAUACAUUGCUCUGGUGAAGUGAUUAUACACCAGUUUAAGCAGACACUGUCCACCUACGGCCAUAAAUUGAUCCAGCCUCAUCCCUGUCGUCUGUGCUUGUUCACAUAAUCAAUUCUGUCAGUUAAGCACAGUUAAAGCCUUAGCUAGUGGCAUAUAUAUGUAACAUAUGGCUAGUAUAGUGGGCCUUCAAUAAUAUAGUUAUUUACAAUUUUUUUUAACCGAUUAGUGAUUGUUGUGUUCACAAGCAAUGAGGAUGUCAUCGUGAUCAGAAGUCUCUGCAUUUCUUUAGCAUUGAAGCCGUAGCUCCACAUCCAUUUUACUGGCAUCUGGUGGUUCUGCUUUCUUCUUCUUUUGUGAUGUAAUGGCAGUUAAAAACUUUUUUUAGAAACUCCACAAUCGUUGUAUUUUUGAACAAAUAUACAAAGAUUUACAAGGUACUGAACAGAGAAACAAAGAAAAACUAGACAAGGUUACAAACAUUAAGAUAAACUUUCCUCAGAGCUGACCUUUCUUUAGAAAUAGGACAUGGUGACAAAUUACCAAGCUGAGUCAGCAGUUUCACAAUUAUAUAUUAUAUGUAUCCUUUAUGUUCCUUAUGAGACAUUGAGGCCGUGAGCUGAGCUGCCUCUAACUUUAGCUCACAGAUUAAAUUCAUAUCGUUGAAAAACACAAUAAAAAGCAUAUUGGAAGACUUGGAAAGUAAUAACAGCUGAUCACUGAUCUGUCAUUUCGUCGUCUGUUCUACUUAUCCAUCCUUCAUCUAGUUUUUGUGAUGAACUGCCAAGUCAGAAAGUUAUCUGACAUGUUUGGAGAUGAUGAACUGCUAGAAAUGUUUUGUUUUUUGCAAUACCUUUCUUAAUUUACCUGUGUGAAAAUGAUGGAAAAUAGAAAAAAAAAAAACAAACAAACAAACCUCUAGUUUCAUACAUUCACACGUAGAGAUUCACAAGUUUUCCAUCCAAUUAUUGUGACCACAAUCUGUCUUCAUCUCUCAGAGAUUCAGUAGCAGGAAGCAAAGUGGCUGUUCACUCGCUCAUUUGCAAAACCUCCUAAAUGUCGGUGUGUGUGUGUGUGUGUGUGUGUGUGUGUGUGUACAAAGUGCAUGACGCCUCAGUCUCUAUCGGGCAGAGAGCAGAACAGGAAGCAGCGAGGUGGGGCUGAGGGCUGUGCUGUUCUCUCUUCCUCCCUUCUGCCUUGUUCACUCUCUCUACUCUUGGACAGGCUUUUGAUUCCUGGCGGGAAGAACAUCCUGGAUUUUAAAAAGAGAGACAGGAAUAGCCUUGACCGGCUCUACUGUCAGCACAACGUGUGUGUGUGUGUUAUUGUGUGUGUUGUUGUGUGUGGGUGGCUGGAGACGGGGUUUGAAAGGUCGAAGCCAAAAGGAGGCUGAACAUGGCCAGUGAGGACACACUGGAGAACCUACCUGGGGACCUUCAGGUUGAUUGUCCACUGCACAUUGAGCAGAGUGACACAGAGUUUUGGGUAAGACGCUAACACAUGCAGCAGGCCUCAACAUGGCCGUCGUUUUUCUCACUAUCCAUGUCUGUGGCCCUUCUCUUUUCACUCAGCUUCCUCAUUCACUUCCUGUAAAAACAUCUUGUAUCCGAUAGUGACUUUAUAUUGUUGUUUGUUGUUGUAAUUUGCCCCACUGUGUGUGCUCUCUUGCAUCUGACUCCAGAGGUUCUUUGUCAUAAAACACCUGGGACUCAGUCGUAUUGUGUUGAACAGGAGUGCGUCACAACACAAACUCUCCCUUCCUGUCCUUCAUGGUUUGGUUUUGUGCUUUCUCUUCAGACUUGAGAAGCUUCGACUCAAGCCUCAACUCAAAUGCAUAUAUGCAGUAAAAAUGCGUGUGUUUUAGAGCUAGUCAGACUCCAUUUUUGUUUUCUGAUAUUGAUCGAACCCUAACUUUUGUUCCAACCAGCUGAACUUGGAUGUCCUGAGAUUUUCUUGAUUGCUCCUCAGUUUUAAAACAGCUGGACUUUUCAUGAAAGAUAUGCUCAGUUUCUUGACAUUUACAGGUUGUUGCAUUUCUGCUUGACAUGUUCAAAUAAGCUUAACCUUUAUAUUUGUUUAUUUUAUGGUGUAUAGUAGUAAUUUAGAAUUCUGUUUGGGUUUUUCAACUCUGCAUUCCUGUUUUAUUCUUAGAGUCCUCAAAUUAUUGAUAUGUUAUGGGUGCUUUAUUAUGAUUUUUAUUGCAGCUUUGAUGCUUGUCGUUAUUGGUCAACAUUGACUUAAUGUGCCUAAAAUGUCUGUAUUCCCCUGACUUCUUUUGAUGGUUGGCUGAAAGAUUGCCUCUCUAAUUUUGGCAGGACUCAAAUAAUAAAUAUAAUUUGCAGAAAGACAAAAGAUAGCCAAUGAUUUGCUAAGUUGACAACAUCACAAUGUUGCUGAUUAUUAUCAUCCCAUGAUUGGUGAUUGAAUCCUGUGAUGGUAAUACAGUGGCAACAUUAAGCUUCAUCUAGAAGUGAGAUUCUAGAGUGCUCCCUCGCUCACACUCCCUCUUGGUGAACCUCAAGAAGCAACUGUAGUUUUUGAGGGUAAAAAGUUUCCGUGAUCCUCUAUUGGUCACAUUUUUGCUAUCAAAAAUGGCUUUCAGUACAAAUUCUUUUAUGCACAACAGCGACCACACUCCUCUUUGAUUCAUCUAACCAGUGCACCUCACAUGGGCACCCACUAAAGAGAAACACACUUAAAGUACUAUUUUGUACCAUCUGUGCUACUGUAGAAUGACUGCUGUGCAAGAUGGCAGCCUCCAUUGAAAGGGAACCAACUCUCAUGUUGAUGAAGAAAGGACUUGCUCGUAGUCAACAAAAAAGAUACAAUCUUAUAUUCAGGUGAUUGUGUGCAAAAACACGGUGAUGAUUUGUGUAUUUUAUUUCCUGACUGCUCCUUUAAAGCUAUGAAGAAGAGUUUUCAUGUUGUGAAGAAAUCUGUGGAGCUUUUUCAGGAUGAAGAAGUUACAUCUGAACCGUGGUAGAGAUGUAACUGUUACUAAACUGCGCAAAUGAAUAGAAAACAAAACUUAUUUUAAAACUUUUCUUUGUUCAAGAGAACCUUUUUGCAAGAUGCAGAAUGAUGAGCUAAUAAACUGAUUUGUUCAAUGAUUAUUAACUAAGGUAAAAAGUACAAAACAUCGUAAACUCUGAUUUAUUGCUUAUAAGUUUUCACCUUUACACGUUUGAGUUAGUGAUGAAUAUCAACCUAACUUGUUUAAAUGGAAAAUCCCUCUGAAACACAAGACUCGGUAUAAAGAGACCAACCCUCUUGCUGAUAAUAUGAGACUUUUUAAGAUAAAAUCUCCUCACUGUGACUUUAGUUUUUGGUAGACUGGUCACAUGUAGUGUUUUAUUUGAUUGCUGUAUGACUUAUGUGAUGACUGAUACUUUAUUUUGGUGCAUUUUUAUCUCUGCUUUUUCCUGUACUUUAAAUAGCGGUGGUUUUCAUCUGCUGCUCGUGCUGUGAGUCGUCUCAGACCACAGUAACAUGGUUGUAUGCAGUUAUCACGUAUCUGUGCUGAAAAUGUUCUGAUACAUGUUUUUAUAAGUCCAACACCCAGACUUUAAUACCAUAUUGACCCCAAAAAAAGAUGACCCUGAUUUAAAGACAACCCCACCUUUUCAAGAUUAAUUUUUAGAGAAAGACUUAUCAAAAACCAAAUCUUGUUUCUAUAGUAACAAAACCCUUUUAUCUGAAAAUUAUGCUAAACACGUUUAAUUUAAAGAGAAGGUUUUUUGCUGUUUCUUAAACAGACUGGAUGUAUAACUCUUAAUUCUUCAGGAUUCAUCAAAGCAACAAGCAUCAAGAAGAAAAGACUGUUCCUAUUGGGAUAUUUUUAUGGCUUUAAGUGCUAGAGGGGGGAAAGGGUCGGACUACGUGAUCAAUUUCAUGCUACUGAUCGGGCUUUUCCUCACUCAUCAUACAGGACAGUCCUCAGAUAUUAAACUCUAUGACAUCCUAUUUUUUUCUGUGGUCAUUUGGUCAUUAAAAUAACGGAGUAUGAUAUUUUUGUUAAAGAUACUGAUUCCUCACGGAAAAGAAUACUGAUGAGGUCUUGAUGAUAACAGUGUAACCACCAAUUCUGCUUAUCUGUGGCUUUACAUGUUUUCUGUUUCAUCAACUCAACUUUAUUUUGCUUUUUGACCAUGUGUUUAUGAGCUUGUGCAGCACUUUGGUUAGGACAGAUACAGCCUCAGAUUGGCUGUCAAAUCAAAACAAAGAUGGCUGCCUCUAUUUUGCAGACUCAGCUAACAACAGAAAUAACACUAUUUCACAACAAAAUCAUCACACAUAACUUUUGUUUUCACUGCUCGGAUCCAGACAGUCUCUGAAAAUCAAACACGCUGAUCUUCCCUAAUGUUGCACAAUGCACAGACAUCCGGAGUUUACAACCAUAAAGAUACCAAACUUGUGAAACCAGUGGAUUUCAGGCUAAGUGGUAAACAAAAGGAUAUUAUGUUGUAUUAGACAGCGAUUUGGACCGCGCCUGUCUUCUGUCCACCAUCAUUUCUUGUCUGACUCUUUGGUUGUCAUUCGUGCACACAGUCAUAUGAAGACAGUAGGAACCAUCUAUAAGGGACCACCAAGCUUAAAAGAAAAACAUGUGGAUGGUUCAAACUAGCUGGAACUAGUUCUCAUCUGGAAUUGGAUCUUGAUUCCCACAAAUGUAAAGCAAAGAAGAAGAAAAAGGAACCACCUUGUCAAAAGGGGGCACCAAAACUCACAAACCAAAAGUUCUUGACAUGUUUGUGGUGUCAAAAUAAGACGCGUUUGUGCUUCUUUUACACAGAGCUUCCUGAAAUUUGCACAUUUUUCAUUUUUUCAAAUUUUAAUGACUUGUGAUUGGGAAAUCUGCUAAAUCACAUCGCUGCAGGCUUUUGCAAUGACAUUAAACUGCAUUAAAUAAGCGGUUCAAACCCUGCCAGCGCUUGGCGUGAGGUUUGGUUGCCUGACUGUAGUACUGUAUUGUGUUGCAGAUGGAUUAUGGCUUUAAUGAGAGCGGAGCUGUAGUCCCGGCCUGCAUGUAGUUGGAUGGACACACAGAGCUAAGAUGUUGUAAUUAGAUCUGCUAAGCUGGAAGCCUGGCUGCAUGGUGCAGUGAAAGGCCCUGAACGCUCCGUCAUUAUACCCUGCAGAGGGGAGGGGACAGAGUGAGUGUGUAAGUGUGUGUAUGUGCGAUGAGAUCAAAUGUCACAAUAUUAGAUAAAUAUAUGACAGUUUUUUAAAUCUUUUGUCAAUGGGUUUACUGAGAAUAUGUUUGGUUAACAGGAAUGGACACAAUAACAUGAACAACGUAAAACCCAAUCUCCCUGAAACAUGCUGCACAUUCCUCUUGUAGAGCUCAUAAUGUCCAGCUAAGAUUAUGUGAAGGCUGUUGAAUUGCUUCAGUAUAUUAAAACCUUGAAUGAUGUGUGUGUGCAGUCACUGGCAGUAACAUUGUCAUGAGCAUAAACACACCUCAUAAGCCCAAAUAUACCUGAACAAACCUGGAGAUUACAGCUGAUAUCUCCAAGUUAUCACACAUUGUUGGUUAUUCUCAUAUGCAGAUCUCCCCUUUUUGUUUUGCUGCAAGAGAACUUUGUUGCCUCUGUGUUAAAAUGACCUUGCACUUUUAAUAACCUUCAUAAAUUAUGUCUAACAACAAUUAAUCUGAUUGUUAAUGUUGGGUACCACUUUGAAUCCUCCUCGUCAAUGCUGUAGGAUAAAUUAUAAUGGCACUGCAGCUUUUAGCAGCUCUUAAAACAGAGUGAACCGUUUUUUUUAACAGGGUAAAACAGUUUUAAUACUCAGUUGUGUUAAUGAUGUGAUUGUUUUUGUCCUCAGUGUGGACAGUUGACAGUUGAGCUUUUAGUAACAUUGUCUAUAUUUCACUUCACAUUCACCCGGCGAGUCAAAAAGCAGCAUCUUGUUGAGAUAUUCAAAGUAAAAUGAGGUGUAAAAGGCUUGUGAGGAGUAAAAAAAAAAAAGUGAGUGUACGCCGGUGUUGGAAAAAGACAUUGUAUUUUAGUUUAUAAAGGCCGAUUCUGACCCAUAUUUAGUGCAGAAAGUCACAACAUCCUAUCAUGUCCUAUUCAGCUGCUCCUGUCCAGUUAAAUGAUUGUCUGUCAUGUUGGAUCAUAUCUCUCGAAUGGCCAACUGCACACUCUGGCACAGUGAAAGAAGAGACAAAUGUUGAUCCCUCAACUUAGGGCUUUUCUUUUUUUUUGGUUUGCACCUGUUCAAAAUGGCAGAAAGCACUAAAAAGCACCAUGGCAACACACCAUGUUAUAUGAACUAGUGAAAUACACAAAGGAGUGAUCCACCGUAAGAUCAUGACCACCUGUGCAAUUUAAUGCAAUCCAAUACAACAGCUUUACUACAAAUUCUACUCUUUUGAAGCUCUAUCCUCUGAGUUAAACUUCUCUACACGUGACUUUGUAAAGGGUUCAAAUAUAAGGUGGGAAUACAAAGGCAUUAAGCUCUGAAUAUUAAUGAUACACAAAUACAGUAUGAGCUCACUUCUCAGCAUGAUGGUAUGUACGCUACUUAUUGACAUGACAACAUUCAGUACUACUACUUCUUGCUGUCUGUCAUAUAUCAUACUUAAAGGUGAUGCACAUUCUCAACAUGUUGUUCACCUUUGGUUUGUCAGCUGCAUUUUCAAAACCUCAAUUUGACAUUUUGUUCAGCUCCAUGUUAGUUUAUUGGAGCUGAAAGCAGGCUGUGCCAUCCCACACGAUGAAGUGUUUCUUUUGUUUUCAUCUGAACUAGCCGCCUUAUGCUAGCUUGCUUCACGAACUAAGCUCGAUAUAAACAAAAAAAAUUGUGUCAACAGUCAUGAAUUGACUCUUUUUUAAGCUAGCAAGAAGUGUCCCUUCCCUGUUCAGCUCAUCAUCUUAUCAUAAACAAAUGUGAGCUCUGUCAGAAUAAGAGUGCACAGUGCAGCUCUCAACCCCAAUUCCCACUGCAUCCGGAACGGCUACAAAAAGGCCUUAUCUGCCGAUCGCAGCUGAUCGUUUCCAUUAAAGCUGAAGCAACCUCCACCGACUUCUUUCCGUUCCGCUGCGGAUCGCCGGACUCCGCAGCUGAUCACAAGAGUUCUAUUUUUUCCAUUAGUCCACAGCAGAGAGGGGAGAUGCUGACUGCUCAACCAUGCAGUCAGAUACAAAACCAGAGCAAACUGCACAGAGCUGCAAAAGGAGACAAUGACAAACUUCAAUCAAACUUGCUCUUUUUGAGUGUUGUCUGUACCUUUGACCCGUCCAGAAGGAGCAGAUUGAUCUGAGUCUGUAUUAAUGCUGAUCUAAUCUGCUGUAAUCCGGUUAGUGUUGAUCAGCAAGAGAGUUGAUGUGAGUACUCAGCUCUUUACACACUUAAGCACAGUAUCUGAUUUAAAGCGUCCUCGCAGUCUAAGCUCGGAAGGUUUCACAUGUUGAGGAUUGACUACACUCUCGCUGCACUCUGAGCAGGACAAUGUCAGGGGACCUUAUGUUGGGCCUUUAACAUAAGUGAUCAUUGAACUUGGUUAUAAUCUCAAGUUUUAGCAAACAGCAACAACAACAUGAAGAGUUUAUGACCUAGUUGCUUUAUUAUAUUUAAGCACAGCAGACAGGUGUGCUGUCCAGUCAGCACCACCACUCUCAAAACGAUCAUUUGAAACAAGUAGACACAGCAAUCUACAAAAACUAUUUACAUACAAGUAAGCAGCAAAACCACAGGCAGUGUAACAGACAGGGAGAAAAUUUACAUUUUCACCCUAAAGACAGAUAUCUAGUCUCACUCACAAUCGUUGUCACUCUUCAGUCAGUGUGUCUUUGUGUCCACCAUCCUUCAUUAAACAAAACAAUCCAAACUCUUGAACAAACUUGAACUUUUGAACUCCGUACAUGUCACAGUCUGUUUUAAAACUUUAUCACCCUCUCCUUUGUGGUGGAAAACCUGUCAACCACUUUGUCCUUGUCGAUGUUUAUGUGUCUUUCAACACACGGCAGAGUGAGGUCUGACAGUCUGGCCUCAUCCAUCCAUGAAUGCAAAUAGUUCUUUAUGAGCUUGAGUUGGCUGAAACUUAGCUCUGCGCUGACACUGCUGAUGAGGAUGGUUUUAUAAAUUUAGUGGAGAAUAGUCAUAUAGUGACGGUAGGGAGCCCUGGGGCAGCCGGCCUCCCUGCCCCCACGAUAGCUUCGCUUCUGCCUCUUUUUAACCCUUCAUUUUCCACUCAGUCAGAACUGUACCAGGUGACAGCUAGCAGUUAUGACGUCUGCUACGCUAGAGGCACCACAUCCUGACUUAGUUUCUCUUUCAUGUUAAAAUGAAAAGCGCUGUUUAAACCGACUAAAGCAUACACCUCAGCCUCUGAGUGAAAUGCAAAAGCAAAUAGGAUUUACUUGUAGAGAAUAUUAUCUUCAAAUGUCCUGACAGGAUCAGCAAAAAGACAAGACCCUGGAGCCACCCAAGUCAACAUAAGACUCAAGUCUCUACCAGCAGCUCUAACCCUCCUCUUGUUUUUCCUCAUGCAGAGUGACCCAGGUGGGCUAUCAGUGCUUCAGCAGCUCGGUCUGGACCAAAACUCUGACUUCUCAGACUCAAGUGUACAGCAGCGCCUGGAUGAGGAGCGAGAGAGGAUCCGCAGGGAGAUCCGAAAAGAGUUAAAGAUCAAGGAGGGUGCAGAGAACCUGCGCAAGGCCACCACAGACAAGAAAAAUGCCCAACAGGUUGACUCACAGAUCCGCAGCUCCAAACGUAAGCUGGAGUCUCUACACGCUCAGCUGCAGGAGCUGGAUGCGCACAUCGUGGUCAAAGGCCCUGACGACACUAAAGGUACAGAAUCCAUUCAUAGGAGAAGUUAAAAAGGUUUCUGUGACUGUGGCAUGGACUAGACAACACGUGAAAUAUCAGCGUUACACAUUUACUGCAAGUGAAUGUGCCGUGCCUAGUGCUGCCUACAUGAAUUUAUCUGUUAUCAGGAUAUUUGCAUAAGCUAUCAGACUAAGGCUAAUAAAUCCAAUGGGUGGUAGAUUCCUGGAAAAAACAUUUAACGUUUAACGAAGUGGUGAAUUAGGAAACAUGUUUCAGUGGCUCAAAUGAAUUCACCCAGAAAUUUUGAUCUAUUUGUGGCAACUUUUGAAAUGUGGAAUUCCACAGGCCAAAAAGAGAGAGAAACAUAAAUACAGAUGUAUCUUUAUAAAUCAGAAAACAUUUUUUCUCCUGUGGUUUAAUUCAGAAAGCCAAACUUUCAUAUGUUAUAAUAUAUAAUAUUUUUGUUUAAAAUAUGUUUGUUUUAAUUUGAUGAUUUUGGCCUAUAACACAUGAAAAUUGGAAUUACAUAUCUCAAAUUAUCGGAAAAUCAUUUGAAUACAAAGCUGUCCAACAUCAGUUCAGUGUUUUUAUUUGUUCACUCAGUACUUAGGGCAUUCAUGAGUCACUGCAUGGAGGCAGUCAGCCUGUAACACUACUGCAGUGUUAUUGAAGGGCAGGUUGAUAGCAGCUUUCAAUUUUUUUUUCAAAUUUCUCACAGACUCUCUGUGGCCCUGUAAUAUCAUGGUCAGUGAAUUAGUAGUUUUGGCACUGUAGGCAGGAGCAGGUGCCAACUCCUGGAGGGAAAAGAAAUCAUCAUUUUCAUACAGCUUAUCAGCAGAUGGAAGCAUGAAGUGCUCUAAGAUCCCCAGAUAGGCAGCUGUGUUGACUUCAGGUUUGAUAAACAGAGCAGACCAACAUCAGCAGAAGACAUGGCACCCCAAAUCAUCACAGCAACUUCAAACACUGUCUGUGGCUCUCUGAUCUUCCUCCAGACUACAGAGUGUUGAUUUCCAAAUGAAAUGCUAAAUUUACUUUCAUCUGUGAGGAAGACUUUUGACCACUGAGCACCUGAGCCUAGACAAGGUGCAUCUGAUGAUGUCUGAUAGAAAUGGGAGAAAAACUCGAUGCAGCAUAGAAUCGAAAUAUUUUGUCUGGUGAUAUAUUGUAUCGUCUCAUUGACCAAGUAUCAAACCAGUCUUACAAUAACUACAUGUCAACAUCACAAGCAGGGGGGAGAAAAAUGUAUAUUCUGCGUAAUAAAUUUCUAAAGUUUGUCCACAGCCCCAUAAGGAUUUCUGGAGGAGGCAGGAUUUAUGACCUAUACUGCAGCCCGUCACCAGAGGGUGCUGUUCUCCAAGUAGCUUCACCCAGUGAGGAGGCAGACAGCGUCUAGUCUAUAUACAGUCUAUGAUCUCACCAUCCACUUUCUCUUCUUACCCAGAUUGUCCCAGGUCUCCAGGGUCACUGAAUCGGACUUCGGCUCACCAACACCGCAUCGCAGCUCUGGAGCGACAGCUAAACAUCGAGCUGAAGGUGAAACAGGGUGCAGAGAACAUGAUUCCCAUCUAUGCCAACGGAGGCACUAAGGUACUCAUCAACCUCGCUGAUUCACUACAUUCAUUUUAUUAUCAAAGCUCAUUGUCUCUCCCUCAUUGCCUUUUGUUUUUAAUCACUCCGCAGGACAAGAAGCUCCUCCAGACAGCUCAGCAGAUGCUGCAGGACAGCAAGACAAAGAUCGACAUCAUCCGCAUGCAGAUUCGAAAAGCCAUGCAGGCCACAGAGCAAUCUGAGGACAACCAAUGUACCUAUCCUACCUUACAUUUUAUACUCACUCUCUUCUUUUGAUUCCCCUCUUCAUCCCUCUUGCCGAUCUUUCAGCUUAUAAAUACUGAAUAUUUUAUAAUGUGGGUUGUAAUGGAUCAAUUCUUGCUUCAGAACUUCACAGCGUACAGUCUUCCAGUCAACACACGCGCACGCAUCCACACACACAUCGUCCAUUACAGACCUCUCACCGGCUCAGGUUAGAGUCGUAUUGAUGUUCCUCCAUCCCCCUUGAUGUUGCCCAACAACUAAAAGCCACGGCUCAUUUAACAGAGGUUAGAGAGGAGGCAGGACAGAAGCGGGGAGCCAGGAAGGGAGUGAGACUGAAAGGUCUGAGUCAUGACAACAGGGUGAAGCAAAGGGGAGGAAGGAGUUUGACAUGAAAGAGAGAGAGGAGGCUGAGAGCAGCAGUAAGAGCAGCAGAGAUAAUGGAGACGACAUGAGCUUACUCUUGAAGGACACAUGCAACGAACGUAACAUACUCACACAAAGCUGUUUUCUUCUGGUGUCAUACUCAGGGUGGGAGGCUCAAAUGUACUUACAGUGUUAUUAUAUUGUUGUGGAUGACUGACAUACAAUAUAAUUUACCAUUUCUUGAAAAAUAAAUAGAAAAAAGAGCUUGAGUGUAUAUUAGACAUUUUUAGAUGAUACAGCAUAUUUGAUCACCUGUUGCUACACUAGGGGAGCAUCACCUGUUAAGUCAGUUAGUAGCUAAAAAGAAGCUGAAAGCUAAUCCAAUAAGUACAGAGGGGUCCAAAUUUGUAGGUUACAUAACAAGAGCUAACAUCAUGUCAACUAGGUGAAAAAAGUGGAGGGAAAUCUGCUCAUAUCUCAAGAUACGACAACAAAUGGGCUUUAACAUCAGAUGCCAGCAGUCAAGGAGAUUGUAAUAUAUCGACCAUCUAGUUAGUCAGUGAUUAUAAUGCUAGCUGUUGUCUCACUGGAGCUAAUGUGAUAUUCAAUAUAAUGCUUCAUUUUGAGCUGAUAUUAUAUGACCUGGUAACAGUAACUUUGCAGUGUAUGUCAUAAACCCCAAAUUUAAAAAAAGCAGAAAGACUUAAAUCAGAGCGAGAGGUUUUAAAAGAAAAACUGUUGUGUUCAUGUGGUUAAAGAGAAUCUAUCUCCUCUCAUUUCUAGAUUCUGUUUUAAGAGCCAUCUACUAUAAAAUAAAAUAAUAAAAAAAAGGGCUAACUCAUGACCCCAAUACUAGCCAAAAUGAAUGUAAAAACAAAACAUUGCUUUUUUUUUAGUUUAACUGUCGAAAACAUACAAUUUUGAUUAUUAAGUUAGUUCUUUUGCCAAACCAAUGGUCAGAUUUCAUCAUGUACAAUAAAUCUUGUGUUCUCUCACAGGUAAACCAGACUUUUCUGGGGUGGAGCUCCGUGUUGAGGAGUUGUGGCAUCACUACCGUGUGGAGCAUGCCAUGGCAGAGGGGGCUAAGAACAUGCUGCGACUGCUGGGAGCGGGAAAAGUCCAGGACAAGAAAGCCAUUGCUGAGGUGAGAGAGAGGAGUUACUUUGAGGAUAAUGAGUUAAUUAUGAGUCUUGUGCCAAGUUUACAUACUUUAUGAGUAUUAUGUUAAAAAGAAACAAAAAGAAAGUCAUUUUGAAGCUUUGUUGUCUAAAGUAAAAUAAAAAAAAGAAUGUAUUUGUAAUAAGAAAUCAGGCCACAACUACCCUCACCUGACUAAAAGCAAGAAACAACACACCUCGCUCCAACAGUUCAAGGUCCAAAUGAGGCUUUAUGUAUUAAUGGGGGAGCUUAAGAAACUCAAAUAAGUCGGUUUUGUAGCCUUUCGGCCAAACCAAGCUUUCUGUUUUCUCCUUACUCCAUUCUUUGUACCAAGAUAAAAUAACCUGCUUUUGUUUUAACCCAGAUCUCUGAAAGCUGUGGAUCUUCUAACUCUGAAACAAACAGACACACGUUUGCCUUAAUGUUGUUCCUUUCAGCGAUAAAUCCCAAUAUAUAAGUUAAAAUUAUUUGUAUUCAUGGGUGUAAACAACAUUAAAUUGCUCAAAGUGACUUACACCAUUCCUCAUUUCCUGUGUUUGUUCUAUAUAAAGCACAUUUUUGUUCUGACAUCAGUUGUGUAUUGAUGUCUUCAGGCCCAGUGUGGUCUGAGCGAGUCGUCCCAGCGUCUCGACCUGCUCAGGUGUUCCCUGGAGCAGCGGCUGGUAGAGCUUCCCGAGGAUCAUCCCAAAGCCUGCCUCAUCAAGGAGGAGCUGGUGCUGGCCUCUUCUUCAGCGUUUAGCUCCCGCCACAGCACCCCCUAUGUUCAUAACCAGUACAGCACUCUGAGCAAACCAUCACCACUCACAGGUAAACACAAAAUACAACAUCACAGGAACAGUUCAUUCAUCUUUACCAGGGUUUGUUUUCUUCCUAUUGUUUUGAUUGUUUUUCUCGCUAGCUCUUAUCGAGGUAACUUCAAAUGACUAUCUUUUUCCUUUCAGGUACUCUUCAGGUGCGUCUCCUGGGCUGUACAGGGCUGCUGGAGGUGGUUCCUGGGAGGAGCAGAGGGACCCCAGUGGUUCUCCCAGCUUUCACUCCAGGAGACGGACGUUCAUCCUUUAAACUCAGCGGCCUCUACAGCCGCAGCACCAGCAGCAUGAGCCUCAAGAUCCCCGGCAAAAACGACGAGCUCUCAAGUAAGUUUGUUUUCUCCUGAUAGAUAAUUUAUUUUAUGACUAAUUUUCUUAAAAUAUCAUGUGUUUUUUCAGCGGAGGUGAGCACAGUGCUGAAGCUGGAGAACACGGUGGUGGGUCAGACACUUUGGAAAACAGUUGGAGAGCAAGCCUGGGAUCAGACCUUCACUGUGGAGCUGGAGAGGGUAAAUUAAAACUCUCGGUCUUUUAGGACUCUGGAGUAAAUAUACCUGUCUCUUAUGGAAAGACGUCCCAUGUUUCAUCUCUUUUAGAUUUAAAAAUAAACAAGUGGACACUUUGAAAUGAGCAGAAUUAAACAUUUCAACAAGAUUUUUACUGCCAGGCAUUGAAAUGUUGCUAUGAUGUCUGGAAUAUAACUUAAAUUAGAGUAAAAGUUCAGUCGGGAUCACUUUUAUCAGACAGGCGGGCAGAGCAUACCUCUUCUUAUUUAAUUAUUUAUUUAUUUAUUUAUUUUAAUUAAUAAAUAAAUAUUUUUUAUUUUUACAGGAAAAACAGCAAUGAAUACAUAAAAUGAAGUUACACCCAUAUUACAGUUUCCUGUUUCCCUUUUUUUUUCUUCCCAAACUACCGGAACCCCAAAUUCCCAAAACAAACCCAGGCCCUCACAAGGGGGGACUAACACUAGAACAGUGGUCUCAAUACAGAAAAAUAAACCAAACAAACUCAAAAUACAAAAGCUUCAACCUCCCCUCAGCUUUAUGUGCAUACAUGAAAAGCCAAGGCAGGUAGAGCAGCAGCAAAGACCCUCAGGGUACAGAACAGAGUGAGCAUCAGUUAUAAAAUUAGACACAGUAUAAAAAAGAGGCGCUGGUUGAAGCAGGUCAUUCAGCGGUUUGCACAGAAUAGGGAAGUUUAAACAAAACGCCCAGUUUGCCAGCCCGAUGGGUAGGAGGUGAUCAGCUGAUCUGUCAGCUGAUGUGGGCUGAUGUUAUAAUCAGCUGAUGUGCUGUUUAUGUCACAAACUUUUUUGUGAUUCCAGUUUUUUGUAAAAUGAAUGAAUGAUUAUUGCUGAAAAGCUGCUGACCGGAGAAGCUUAAGCCAAGAAAGUCAAAAAACAUCUUUGAAGAUUAAACUUUUAGAUAACAAAGUCAAUGAGGAUUGUAGGAUUUAAUUAACCUGGUUUUGUGCUUAGGAAAUCUGUUUUAAUUUUGUACUUUUUAAAGGAUGAUAAAGACAAUUAUAAGCUCCUGACAAACAUAUUUGACAACCAGAGAGUCUUUUAGAUUCCUUUAUCUUGGAUUUGAUUUACAGUGUAUCUAAUUUAACUCUAAUUCAACAGACUCAGGCCUGACAAACAACUGUCUCCUCACACCUCUUCUUUUUUUUUUUUUGCUUUAUGUGUGAUCAGUCCAGAGAGAUGGAGAUCGCAGUGUACUGGAGAGAUUACCGCUGCCUCUGUGCUCUGAAAUACUUGAAGCUGGAAGAGUUCCUGGACAACCAGAGACACCAGGUCAAGCUGGAACUGGAGCCACAGGGGCUGCUGCUGGCUGAGGUACGCAUCACAAAAAAACAACACACUGUAUAAAACAAGACAAGCUGCAUUUAGCAACAGUAUAAACAGGUACAUGGACUUAUACUUACUUGCUCUACUGUACUUAGACGUGCUAUUUUCAACUUUGUGAAAUCUGUUUUUGCUUUAGGUGACUUUCUUCAACCCAGUGAUAGAGAGAGGGCGACGACUUCAGAGGCAGAAGAAAGUCUUCUCUAAACGGCACGGUAUGUUUCACUCAAAUGCCAUUCAGGCCUAAUCUAAUCAAAUCUGGCUUUGAAGGGAAACUCCAGUGAUUUACUGUUUUACUUCCACAACACUGGGGGAUCAUCCAGGACUAAGCCAAGUGGUAUCACAUGAGAGAGAGGGCAGAUGAACUAAAUAUCAGCACAGCCUAGAUCCAUGACUCUUCUGUUAUUGUUAGGUUUGUUUUCUCUCUGUGUUACUCCUCCACUCUGAUAAUUCAGUACAGAACACGUCAGAAGCCCAGUUUUAUCUACAGAGCUGUAAUCAGUCCCCCUUUUAGAAAAUUAAACAGAAACAUAAAUCAGUGUAAAAAGGACUAACUAAUGUUUUUUGACAUUUAUUUGGUUUGAAUUGUUUGACCCAUGUAUCAUUUGUUAACAGCUUUUGAUCGUGGUGCCUUAUAGUCAGUCAAGACUUAUGACAUCCAAUUUUUUAGAUGAUAUAAAAAGGCGUAAAAAUUGUGUAUUACACACAAUUUUAGCAGGUUAAAAUCCUAACCUGUUAUACUCUCUAAAUGCACUCAGUGAAUGUCUCUUUUCCGAUCUCAUUAAUUUCUUCCAACUUACUUUUGUAUAACCAAGAUGUUUUCACUUUUAACACUCGGUCUAACAAAAUUCUGCAACUACUAGAAUGACCGAAGGCGAUCAUUUUGACUGCUCAGUCUUUAUUUGCACAUAAUUUGGAUAAUCAACAAUAAAAACUAAUAAUAAAUUGGUGGAAAAGAAAAAAAACACUUCAGUACACAAAAUGAAAAUCAUUAUGAAUGAGAUUUUUAAGAACUUUCCUCAAAAUACCAAGAGAGACAUCAUUCCCUGACCUUGCUUAUCCAUCGGAUUCUUCCCCAUCAAGGCUCUGAAGCGAGGCGAAAGCCUUCAGACUUAUCUUUUUUCUUUUAGUUGUAAUUUUUUAGUCUUGAGUUUUGAGCAAAGAUUUUAGCUUCACAGAGCUUCAAAUACAAAACAAACAAUAGAGCAGGAGAAAGAGCGUGAAAAUGUUGCAAAUAGUGAAAUAUAACACCCUUUGUAAAAAGCAUACAGUCAAUUUGACUGCUCUGGUAGUUCAAGGUAGUAAUACUCCGAUCUCUUUUGUGUUUUGAAAUUUUAAUGAGAUGAAAAUGUUAGAACAGAAGAUACAAAAAUUUAGUAGAAUUCAGGGUGUGACUGGUGUAUAGGUUUUAUUUUGAAAAAGCUUCUUAAACCGGUGAACCUUUUAUUUCUCAAAGUAGCAACAGGGUCCAAAAUGUUCAUUUGUUUUCAACGAAGCAUCUCCAGUUUGUAAAGCUGCCUUUUGUUGGAAAUACUUGAGUUUCUACUGAAGCAAGUUCUCAGGGACUGACAUUGCGUAGGUUGGUGAUCUGGAAAUGAAAAAUAAAACAGUAAUUCACUGCCUGAUUUUUGAUAAGAGCAUAUUUUUAACCUCUAACCUUUUCCAUUGCAGUGUUUGCGUUGUUGGGGAUUCUGAGUCAUUUUAGCCUCAAACAGAAAAUUUUACUCGCUCUGCGUAGGUGCAGAACGUGUUUAAAAGAGUUAUAAGCCAUAAGGGACGAGGAGUGCUGCUGCUGCAGAUAGAUUAUAAAUGGCUUCUGGUAUUCUCUGGAACUGGGUGUAUAAACAUUUACUGGAAAAACAAACCCCGGUCAUGCAGCCCAGCUCAGCCGUCUCACGUCAUUAAAGCUACAGGAGGCUCUUCUCCAUCUGUCCCACAUUUACAAGCUGAUGAAAGCAUCAUUUUCCACCUCAGAAACACAGCUUAAGUACGGCCAUAUAAAGAUCGCAUCAACGCUGAAAGAAAUAAAGAAAUAAAAGACUGACUUCACUGCACAAAUGCGCCUUUCACAGGUCUGCAGCUCUUUCUGGCUCAUUUCUUUUACCAGCAUGAAGAAGAGGAAACUCAUUAGCACAGUUUAUUACCAGGCUGAGUUAUGUGCUUGAUUCUGAUUGGUCCAAACUCCAUCCUCAUACAUCCUCAACAGCAAAAGCAACACCAGGGACUCACACAUCAUAUUAAAUCAGUUAUUGGGAAAUAGUCAAGCACCUUUCACUCCUGCCUGUUGACACUGUGGCAAAAACACAACUGGGUAACAUCUCACCAUGACAUGACCACCUUCUUACUACGCCUUCUCUGUUCCUUUGCUGCUUUUUAGGGCUUAUCUGCAACAUUUUAUAAAUUAUUUUUUCAUGAGUGAAAUUCUUAGUUUUAAAGAAGCACCUUUUAACAUCGAUUUAGGGGCAGAUUCAAGUAACUUUGUUGAAGCCCUGAGGUAUUACAGAGGCAUUUUUUCAGCCUGUAUGUGUUAAAUAAAAUAGCAAUUUGCUUAAAAAUGUUAGUUGUUUGUAAGGAUAAGUUUCAUCAUGCUAAAACAGAACUUCAUGCCGCUGGUCUUGAAUCUAAGCACUUAAAUAGAGAAGUAUUAAUUUGAUACAUAGAUUAGCAUGUACCGAUUACUUCUGUUCCCUUUCCUUGAAUACAGUAAUGUAAUAUCGGUACAUAUAUAUCAGUAUAUAAAUCAAUAUUUCUCAUUUUCAUCGAGUUUUAUUCCCGUGUGUUUCAGGUAAAGCCUUCCUGCGAGCUCGUCAGAUGAAUGUUGACAUUGCUACCUGGGUCCGCCUGCUGAGAAACGCUAUCCCCAGUGGAGGCAACCCACCUGCGUACACACAGAGUUUCUCAGCUACACACUCACACAGCGUAGGGUAUGUCUGCAGUGUGUGAACUCUGUACAAAUGCUGAAACUUGUCUGAAAAGUAUGUUUAUAUUCACCAACUCAGUUUCCUGGACAGAAGUCUGGGCAUUGUUUUAUUCAACAAACUUUAUAAUCCAAACAUCUCUCCACGUUUCUCUGUCCUGUUGAGUUACACUUUCAGUAAAGAAGUUUCAUUCUUGUUGUAACAGGAAGUCUAAUUUGUUUUCUUUUCUUGUGUUUGUGUGCAGAGAAAUCUCGGUGGAAAAGCUGAAUCUAGACACCGACUCCUCUCACAAAGCUGAAACCAGGAGAGAGGUGGUGGAUCCACCUGCUGCUUCUGUGAGUAAGAGGGAAAGAGGCCAAAGAAAAAGGGAAGCACACAGGGAGAAAGAUUGGCAUCUUUACACUAUCACAUUUCUAUUUUGCUCACUUCUGACCUGCAGUCUUUGGCAUGAAAACAGAGUUCCAGUCACAGGCUGCUGAGCUGUGCGCUGCAGUGAAAUCUAAGACAGGCAGGGGACAGACAGGUGAAAGAAAAGAGAAGGGGAAUGAUGAGAGAAGUCGAGAGCUGAAAACUCAGAGAGACAGCUUUAAUGAGACACAAUUGGAUGGAGGGGAGCUUUAAUUUGAUCAAGGCCAAAUCCGUGUUAGUUUCCCAGCGGGAAGAAAACAAUCUGCAGAGGGCGAUAAUGUGGGAGAGGUCACACAAGGAGAGCCAGAGGGGAAAUACUUAAGAAGGAGAGGAGAGGGGACAGAAAACAAUGUUAGUGAGGAAAAAAAAUGUGUCAACUCACUGGUGAAGAGUGACGCUACAGAUAAAACUCUGUAAUAACAUCUAAAGUAGCAUCCAGUUAGUUUUUAUAAAGCUAGUCCAAAGAAACCAACCUGACCUGCUGAUUUGCUCAUUCAGUUGUUUUAAAAUUUACAAGUUUAGUUUCCUUUACAUUUUCAGUUAAAGGUAUUUUUUUAAGGCAAAACCACACAUUUUGUGUUUUUUUACAUGCACAUUUUCCUAAAAGUCGUGUAUUUUUCACACCUUUAACAACUUAUAUAUUAAAAAAGAAAAUUCAGAAUUUGUGAUCUUUUAACCGUCGUUCUGGCUCAGAGGGUAAAAGCGUGAAUAUCAUGCACAGAGGCCACAGUCCUCAUCCCCUUAGAACUUAAAAAAAGACUGUCCCUCAUAGUCCGGCUUUUAUGGCAGAUUUGAUUUCUUCAUGUUAACUCGUGUAAACUUCCCUUCAUUUUCUUUCAUUAAAGCUAUGAAAUGUUGUUUAUGUUUUCCACUGGAUCCAAUAAAGUUUAGGUGAAACUUACAUUUAAAUGAAAUUAAGAAAUAAUAAACAACGGGCCCAACAUUGAGCCUUGAGGAACUCCUUCACACAAUAUCUUGAUAGUACUGUAACACAAACUUAAUUCAUUUGGUGAUAAAUUGUUUACAUCUGCUGUGUACAUUUGCUGUGGAUUUUUUUUUUGAUAAAACAUGCAUGAAACGUUCUUCACAUUAUUUAGCUGAUGGCGUUGAACGCAUUAGGAUUUCAGGGACCAGAGCAGAACAGGACACAGAAUUAGAGGAGUACCCAUGGAGCCAGAAACGGCCUGUGGCAGAUGGUGUUAUCAACCGGGCUGAAGUAUUAAGGGAUUAAUUACACUGAUGUUUUUUGCUGAAGUAAUUAGCUGUGAGGAAGGAGUGGAGGGGACAGGAAGAGGGGAGGAGGGAGACUGUUGGCCGGCAGGGAAUCUGGCAACCGUCCUGAAUAAGCUUCAGUGACUGUCUGUGUGAGUGGAGGGAGUUACAGAUGUUUGAAACCAUUUUGGCCCUCCUUAUACUCAUUUUUAAUCACUCUUCUUCUGUUAUUUUCCUCUCUCCUCCUUUUUUAUCUCUGUGGUGUUUCACAGGAACAGAUACCAGACAUCGAGCCCCCAUCCACACCAGAAGUCCCUGAUGAGCAGCCGCCCAGAUCGUUGUCACAGAACUCUUUUCGCAGGUGAGAAUAGAAAACAUACACACUGUACACGAUAACUAUACCUGAGUAUCAUUUUGCAAUAUGGCAACCACAGCUUGACACCAGAAACACACCCCCUCACACAAUAUGGUCCUGUACUGGCACCUCUCUGUGUCAUAAAGCCGAGUCAUCAUUUACAUGGAUCACAGCGUAUGCCGCCUAAAAUUAGAAAUACUUCAUUUGUCACCGAAUAAAUAAAGAAAAACACUUAAAGAGACACUCUGGAGCAUAUUAAUUCUGCUGGUACAUGAGGCACACUUAAAUAUGACAUCAUGUUAUCAUGUGUUGUAUACACAGCCUAUAACGUGCCUGUAAUCUGUUUCUCAGAUCCACUGGAGGUCCUCUUUGCCUGCAGGACUUCAAGCUGGUUGCAGUGUUGGGGAGAGGACACUUUGGAAAGGUACUCAGACUUAAGUCCACACAGAAUUAACGAAGGUUAUUCUGAAGUUAUAACGCAUGCCUAUUAGUAUUAUUAUUCUAUUAUUAUUAUUAUUAUUAUAUUAUUAUAUUAUUGUUAAUCCUUAAAUAUCAAUCAGCGCCUUUGUUUGCUUUUUCUGCAAAAGGUCAAAGAUCUUACAAAGUAGCUUCACAAUUCAGUCUGGGGCUGUCUGUCUUGAUGCGUACACGAUGACCAUUAAAGGGAUACUCCGGGGUAAAAUUAAUUUAGGGUCAAACGCACCGUAACACCGGGUUAGACACCCCCGUCGAGAGAUGAAUGUUGCUGACUGCUUGCUUCUCUAGUUCUACCAACUGUAGUAACAACUGCAGAGAGCAAAACAGAGAGCCACGCACUCAACCAAAACGCCACUCUAUAGUUACAAAUAAUGCUCAGAACAGCACCUAACUUCAUCAACAACACAUAUAGUGUCACAGUCAUAGCACUCGCCACCAAACAUCUUUUUAACUUUGCCUUAUUUCUUAUGCAAAGAGACUUAACACAACUCAUCCACUCUCUUCCAGCAGCCGCUUGUUUGUGCAGAGACCUCCGGGUGAGUCCAUCGACUGCAGCGGGGUGACACAGCUCAAGGAAGAACAUUUAUGAUCAUUUCUUCGUGGAAAUGCAAUCAGACCGAGUCGCUAAGGCAGAAGAACUACCGUAUCUGCAGUGCAAAAUAAUUAAUAUGAUGAUUGUUACUUCAAGGAAAUGAUAAAAUAAUGACCAUAAAUGUUCUUCCUUGAGCUGCGUCACCCCGCUGUAGUCCGUAAUGGACUCGCUCGGAGGUCUCUGUACAAACAAGCGGCUGCUGGAAGAGAGUGGAUGAGUUGUGUUUAGCCUCUUUGCUAAAGGAAUAAGGCAAAGUUAAAAAGAUGUUUGGUGGCUAGUGCUAUGGCUGUGACCCUAUAUGUACUGUUAAUGAAGUGCUGAGUUUAACAUCUAAAUGGAGUAGAUUUGAGGCUAAACUAUGGAUCUCAUAGGGAAGUGUGAGGAUAUUCAUACUCAGACAGAAGUUUUGUCUUUGAAUUCAUAUUCGAGGACAGUCACUACAGUCUCAAUGUCUGCAGGUGUUGCUAUCGGAGUACAAACGGACAGGCAGUCUGUACGCCAUCAAAGCCCUGAAGAAGGGAGACAUCGUAGCGAGGGAUGAAGUGGAAAGGUAAGUGACAAAAAGCUGCUUCUGAAGUUCAAUCACCUCAUUGUUACAUCAUGUUCAGGUUUCUCUGUCUCAUACUCACUCUGUCUGUCUCCAGUCUGAUGUGUGAGAAGCGGAUCUUUGAGAUCGUCAACGGCUCCCACCACCCUUUCCUGGUCAACCUGUUUGCAUGUUUCCAGACGUCAGAGCAUGUGUGUUUUGUCAUGGAGUACACGGCAGGAGGGGACCUCAUGAUGCACAUACACGCCGACGUCUUUUCAGAGCCGCGUGCUGUGUGAGUUCUGCUGUGUGUCUGUCUGUGUGUGUGUGUGUGUGUGUGUGUGUGUGUGUGUGUGUGUGUGUGUGUGUGUGUGUGUUUGUUGGAGAGAUAGUCGUGGUCUGCUGUCUGUGGCUGUAACAGUGAAAAAGCAUAUCGGUGGCAGCCCCCCAUUAGUCUUUCUGUUUGAGAGCAUCUCUAACGGAGCCAAGAGGGUCAAACCUGAUUCUUUAGGUUUCCGUCUUUCUUAUCAGCAUUAAUAAUUCAAAUAAAAAUUGAAAUAUUUAAACUGAUGUAAUAUGAAUGAUAAUGUGGAUCAUGUUUAUGUCACUGGUUAUGUAGAAGCUUGUAUGAUCAUUUCUUAGUCUCUCUCUUUUCAUUGUUUUUUUUCAGAUUCUACUCAGCCUGUGUGGUCUUAGGUCUGCAGUUUCUUCAUGAACAUAAGAUCGUGUAUCGGUGAGUUUUUUGGAUCGUCUACAUCUUUGCAGUGUACCAAACUUUCUAUCUUCACACUCCUCAGUGUUUGACCCUCCUGUGUCUUUUUCAGAGAUCUUAAAUUGGACAACUUGCUGCUGGACACCGAGGGUUUUGUGAAGAUAGCCGACUAUGGGCUCUGUAAAGAAGGUGAGAGCCCUUCAAUACUUCAUCGUAUCAUCACCAGACAAAAUACAGUCAUGUAUACUUUAGUAAACUGACUCUCCUACCUCACAUGUUUCUUACAUGAUUUACUUUGAAAGCAUUUAUCGUUUCUCAGCACAUGGAGAGUUGGUAAAUCGAUGUCUGGUUCUUUUUUGAGGUAUGGGUUUCGGGGACCGGACCAGCACUUUCUGUGGGACUCCUGAGUUUCUGGCUCCCGAGGUGCUGACAGACACAUCAUACACCAGAGCAGUGGACUGGUGGGGGCUCGGGGUCCUCAUCUAUGAGAUGUUGGUCGGUGAGGUAAGAUGGCAGUCAGCACCUCUUUUACUCACAAAUCAUAAAAGUUUUCUGUUUUCAGUUUUUCCUCAUACCUUGACUUACCGUAAAACUUAGUGUAUAGGGCACACUGUUUUUUUUUCCCUCAUCAAAAAAGUGAGCUGCAUCAUAUAAACUAGUGCGACUGGUUUACUGAUACAAAAUGCAAAGACAGGCAUCGAUUGGUUCAUUUAAGUUUAUUUUAAACAUACAAAAUAAAAAGCAAAACUGUUUCUUUUUUCUCUUUUUUGAAAUUUAUUUUUUAUUAACAUUCAGAAUGAGACAUUCACAAUAUAUACAUCAUGUAAGCAUACUUCUUGCAUCCAUUGUCUGCCCUAAAUGCCAAACCAAAAUUUUUGUUUAUAUCCAAAUAAUGCGAAGAAAAACAAACAACCAUUAAAUUUAAAAAAUAAAAAAGUCUUUUUCAUCCAUCAUGGCCACUGGUUGGUGAAAAAUAAAAUCUGACCUGUAAAGCAUGACAUAUCUGACCCAAUUUUCCCAGUAUGAUGUGAAUUUCUCCAAUUUGUGAUCAACAAAUUAUCUUCUCUAUUUUAUAAAUGUCCAUGGUGAUGUCCAUCCAUAUAUUUAAGGUUGGACUCUCCUGUGAAAGCAAAACUGUUUCACACAGAGUAGAAAGUUUCAACCUGUAUGAACACGCUGUGUUUUCUUCCAGUCUCCAUUCCCAGGUGACGAUGAAGAGGAGGUUUUUGACAGCAUUGUGAAUGACGAAGUGCGUUACCCUCGCUUCCUUUCCACUGAAGCCAUAGGCAUCAUGAGACGGGUGAGUUUCUGCUCACUGGCACUCCAAAUGUUACUUCUACAAAAACAGAAAGACUAGAGGCGCUCUGGUAUGGUUUAGCGUGCCUCAUUUACAGAAGCUGUAGUCUUUGAAGCAGGCAGUCAUCCUGCAGCCCUUUGCCAUCCAUCAUUUCCAGAGAAAAUUUCCUGCUUUAUUUACUGUCCUACUCCCUCAAUAAAAAGAUGAAACCUCAAUAGAAUUAAACGAUGCACGACUAUACGAUGAAAUGUUUUUGACAUUUUAGCUUUCGUGAUUUCUUAGGUUUUUGUGAAUAACCUCGAUCACUACUCCAGCCUGCCUCUCCUUGUACUGUCCUUGCUGUUGAGAUUCAUGAUGGUUAUUUAUCUCUUGCUAGUUGUUGAGAAGGAAUCCUGAAAGACGUCUUGGCUCUGGAGAAAAGGAUGCUGAAGAUGUAAAGAAGCAGCCGUUCUUCAGGGUGAGUUCACUUUUUCAUCUCUUGUCGAUGGAGUUUUGAUCGCGCAUCUUUAAUGAAAAACUGGAUCUAUAUUUCUUCAGGGGAUGGACUGGGAGGCUCUGCUCCAGAGGAAAGUCCCGCCCCCGUUCGUUCCGUGCAUCGGGGGAAAAGAAGACAUCAGCAACUUUGACGUGGAGUUUACGGCGGAGCAUCCCGCCCUCACACCACCCCGAGAGCGCCGCACCCUCUCCCGCAAGGAACAGGACCACUUCAAAGAUUUUGACUACGUCUCAGACCUCUACUAG